AUGUCUGUCUUUACAAGUGUCAAUGAAAUUACAGUUCUGGGCUACAAUCACUGUGGUUCUCUUUGUCUGUUUCUGAAAACAUCUGCACAGAUCAUUUUAGAGAAACCUAACGUGGGACGGGCCUUUCUUUGGGUGAGUCACAUCUAUAAGUUAGUUUCGCUUUGGCUGCAAGAAGGCACAAGUACCAGCUGCACCAUCUCCCUUGUUUUGUAUUCAUGUGCACACAGCCUCAGCUCAAAGAAAAUGCCCUGUUGUGAAUAUACAACAAAAAAAGAAGUUCGAAUCAGGAGUGUUCCAUUGGGGACUUUAAAAUAUCUGAUCACCCUAGCUGUGUUCUUAUACAUGUGGUGAGUACCGAUAGAAUGUGAUUUUUAUUUAAAUGCUCUGUAUAGAAGAUCCCAAUGUUGGGUGUUGGUAAAUUACUGGUUAGUCUAUAAAGCUGAAUGUAUUUAAACAGCUGCUAAUAUGCACUAAUCGUACCCUUUGCAGACAAAUGAAAAUACUAUUACUUAAGGGAUAUAUUGUAACUGUGUCUGCAAAUUCAGGAAAUAUCCCUGAAAUUACACUUUGAAUAUUUACUAAAGGUAGGUCAUAGUCAAAUUCCUAUAUUAGAUCUGGAGGUGCAAUUUCAUUUAAUAACAAUUCUACACCUGCUAAAAACAAAACAAUAAAAUGAGAGAGAGUGAAAGAAAGACCAAAGAUGUUAUGCAGGAGUUUAAAAUUUACAAAAAAUCUGUGAUUCUCUCAAGUCCCACAACAGAAGGAGUUUGCAUUACUAGUCUCGCCCAACUCUCACACACAAAGCUGCAUCACAAAUAUUACAGAGCCAAAUCACAGAUAUACUACUUCACGUUCAGGUGUAUAACUCCCACCACACACAUUUAGCCCAACCAUAACAUGCAAUUAAUACUAGCAUUUAUAGAGCCCCAACAUAUUCUUCAUCUUAGAACAAACUACAAUUUUCAUCACACACAAUAUACAUUCCAUGACACAACUAUGCCAGUCACACACAUACAGCCUCACACACAAACACAUACAUAUUCUUCAGCGCUUUACAUCAUAGAACAAACCACAAUUUUCAUCACACACUAUACACACAGGAUACACUAUACAAAUUCCAUAACACAACUAUGUCAGUCAUGCACAUACAGCCUCACACAACUCAGACAAAUAUGUUGGAAGAGAUAAGUCUAGUGAUGGGGAGGGAAUACUAUCAUAGAAAAGCAACACAGUUCUGUUUGUCAUGGUGAAUGGUUAGCUAGAUUCUCAAGCUCUUUGGUGAAUCUGCAGGUUUUACUUGUGCAUGGGCAUAUUCAGUGUUUAAAGGGGAACUUCUUUAUGGGGAAUAGGCAUAGCAUAGGUUAUGAGUAGAUUCUCAGAAUAAUAUUUUAAACGUGCACUUGUUCUAUGAAUUUGGACUCAUGGUUUUGAAGGAAAAUAGGCAGGUUCGGAAUCCUGUUAACAAUUCUACUCCUAUGGAAAAGACAGGUUGAGACAUUAGAGUGAAAGUUGUGCUGCAUGUUAAAGGACCAAUAUAGGCACCCAGACCACUUCAGCUCAAUGAAGUGGCCUGGCUGCCAGGUCCCCCUAGUUUUAACCCUGCACCUAAAACCAUAGCAGUUUCAGAGAAUCUCCCUGACAGCCACGAGAGGCCGCUUCUGCGAUUUACACAGAGUAAAUCACAAUUUUUUGACGCUGGACAUCCUCAUGGAGUCCAGUGUCAAAAAAGAUCCCCAUAGGAAAGCAUUGAGUAAUGCUUUACUAUGGGCAGGUUUAAAUGCACACUCGCCUCUGGCCGCGCAUUCGCAUUUGGCUCCACUUGGAAGCUGACGUCGAUAGAGGAGGAGAGGUCACUGGAUUAAGGUAAGCAAAUAAAUGGUUCAUUAAUCAUUUAUUUAAUGCGUAACUGGGCCCCUUGUCACCUAAACGGUGACUAGGCUCUAUAGUGUUCCUUUAAGGUUAAAGCAAGCAUCAAAUAGUUACAGUUUUACUGUGAUGAGUCAAGUUAAUUUUUAUAGUGCACAAUUUUACCCUUCAUAACUAAGUUUGUCCCUGGCAUACAAACAUUUGAUAGAAGUAGAACAUCAUUUUUAUUUAUACUUUGCUUUUCAUGGAUACCUUACAAUUUUAUUUAUGUCAAAUAACACAAUUUUACUUUAUUUUAUUUUAAUUUAUUAGAUCAAGAAUUACAGAUUUAUUAUAUAAAAUAACUGUAAGUAAAGGUGCACAGAUGCGAACACCUAUUCUAUACAGGAAAGUUUGCAUGUAUGGGAAAGAAGAGGUUAAUGCAGUAAAAAUACUAUAUUUUGACUGGUUUGAUGCAUAUAGCUACUCAGAAUACAUGUGGAAUUCAAACAAUGAUCAGUGAUCUAAAAAAUCUUCAGGCAAGAACACUGCUUUAUAUAAACAGAACUAGCACACACAGACCAUGUUGGAUCAGUGUGGGUAGAGCUCCUGAACACUAACAGGGAUGGAGAAGGAAGUGGUCAGAGCACCCAAAUAUAGAAAAUACCAAAAGCCUAAGUGUAACAAACAAGCUUUAAAAACUGUCUUUACACUUUUAGUGUAAAUAGUGUUCCAAGGCAGAAGGACUCAAUCACAGUUAAAUAUAUAUAGUUUGUAGAAUUCUUUGUUUCAUGCAAUGUCCACUUUGUGACUGCCAACUGUAGUACUUUCAGCGGGGCAGUCACAAUUUUGGGUUCCUGGCCACAAUCCUGAUGUAGUUCUGGAUGUCCUGUAUUCGGAGACACCAGGAAACUCUCCCCAAACAGCACAGUAAAAGCACAUGAUUAGACGCACAUGCACGGUGCAUUGGGCAUUAAGAUCAUGCAAGGACCACUUCAGCAACACUUUCUGCAUGGUCCUGCAGGUUUGGAGCUGGCUGGGAGGUUGUCUGUCAGCUCUGUGUGCUUGAUCCCAGGCUGAAAUACCGCUUCCCAGGUAGUCCUUCCAAUUAUGGGUGACAUCAGUAGUGCAAUUUCGGUCACUGGUGAUGCUCCCUGGAAAGCCAGCCCACCUGUCCUGAUUUCAUACCUUCCACUGUUGGGAGGUAUGCCCUGAGCUCACAUUAUGGUAUACAGGUCACUGCCUGCUGUUUACAUUGAAAUGCACAGUCCAUAGUAAAAUGAAUGAUAUGUUUUCCAUAGAAUUUUACUUUUCUUUAGAAGUUAUUCAUUUAUUUUAAAAUCACAUUAUUUGAUUUGUUUUAUUUUUUUUUUACAUGCAGUUGUAUUUUGUUCAUUGAAAAGGGCUAUCAGAAAAAAGACUCCGUUAUCAGUUCAAUUCACACAAAGGUUAAAGGAGUUUUAGAUGCUGAUAAUAGGAUCUGGGACACUGCAGAAUAUACAAUACCAUCCCCGGUAAGUCACAUUACAAAUGUUUCACAUACCUGUAAUAGACUUAAUGGGAUAAUCUGGGCACUUAUACAAAUGCAAUGCAUUAGAAAGGUUUUGGCCUCACUUUAUUUUGUAUGCUUGCAUCUUUAUAGUUUUUGCACAAAAAAAACUUAUUUUGCAGAAUGCUGAUCAUAGACCUGUCUUCUAAGUCACACCUCAGUUAAAAUAAAUCAAUUAGAAUCAAUGAUUCAAAGAGCUCUGGGUAUACAGUCAUGCGAAAAAAACAAGUACACUCUCUUUGAAUUCUAUGAUUGUACAUAUCAGGACAUAAUAACAAUCAUCUGUUUUUUGGCAGGUGCUAAAAUUAGUUAAAUACAACCUCAGAUAAACAACAACCCAUGACAUAUUACACCGUUUCAUGACCUAUUUAAUAAAAAUAAAGCCAAAAAACUAAGCACACCUUAUGAUUCAAUAGCUUAUACAUCCACCUUUAGCAGCAAUAACUUGAAGUAGUCAUUUUCUGUAUGACUUUAUCAGUCUCUCACAUCAUUGUGUAUUAAUUUUAGCCCACUCUUUACAUCGUUGCUUCACAUCAUUGAGGGGUGCUGGCCUUUGUUAAUGCACAUCUCUCUUAAGGUCCCUGGACAGCAUCUUGACAGGUCUGAACUUUGACUGGGCCAUUGCAACAACUUGAUUAUUUUCUUUUUUAGCCAUUCUGUUGUAGAUAUGCUUGUGUGCAUGGGAUCAUGGUCUUGUUGCAUGAUACAGUUUCUGACAAGUUUUAUCUGUCGGACAGAUGGUCUCACAUUUGACUCUAGAAUACCUUGGCAUACAUGGGAGUACAUGGUUGACUCAAUGACUGCAAGGUUCCCAGAUCCUGUGGCUCCAAAACAAGCCCAAAUCUUCACCCCUCUACCACAGUGCUUGACAGUUGGUAUGGUUUGUGCUGAUAUGCAGUGUUUGGUUUUUGGAAAACAUGGCACUGUGCAUUAUAGUCAAACAUCUCCACGUUGGUCUCAUCUACCAAAGGAAAUAGUUUCAGAAGUCUUGUGGUUUGUUCCAUACAACAUUGCAAACCUAAGUUGUGCUGCCAUGUUAUUUUUAAAGAGAAGAGGCUUUCUUCUGGCAACUUCUUCCAAAUAAACCAUACUUGCUCAGUCUUUUUCUAAUUGUACUGUCAUGAACUUUAACAUUUACCAUGCUAACUGAGGCCUGUAGAGUCUGAGAUUUUUUUUGCAAUUUUUCUGAGCAUUGCAAGGUCUGACCUUUGGGGACAAUUUGCUGGGACUUCCACUCAUGGGAAUAUUGACAACAAUCUUGAAUAUUUUCCAUUUUUGAAUAAUCUGUCUCACUGUAGAAUGAUGAACUUUAAAUUGUUUGGAAAUGGCCUUAUUACCCUUCCCAGUUUGAUGGGCAGAAACAAUUGCUUCUCAGAUCAUUACUGAUGUCUCUCCUCCUUGGCAUUGUGUUAACACGCCUAAAUGCUCAAGACCAGCAAACUGCUUUAUAGGUAAUCACACUUGCUAAUGAUCAAUUACCAUAUUAAUUCCUAUGGAAGCAGUGACUUAGUACUUUGUUUUUCACACUUGGCUUCCCCAUUUUGUCUUUAUUUUUGUUAAAUAAAUCAUGACACGGUGUAAUAUGUUAUGUGCUGUUGUUCACCUGGGGCUGUAAUUACCUAAUUUUAAGUUCUGCUAAGGAACAGAUGAUUGAUAUUAUGUCCUGAUUUGUAAAACCAUAGCAUUCAAAGAGGGUGUACUUUAUUUUUCCCAUGACCUCUGCGAACACACAAAUAAACUGCAGGAUUUAAUGGCAUUAGCAUUUAAAGAUCUCUGACUGAAUAAUUUUAUACACACAAUAAUCCACUUUUGUAAAGUCGAUACCAAAUGUCUGCACAACAUGCCAAUGGACAGACUAACUGCUAUAGUUUACGAUACUGUGAAAUCAUUCUAUUUGGUAUGGUUCCGUGUCUAGAUUACAGAGACAUCAUGAACUUUACCAUUGGUCACUCAGCUUAGUCCACCUUACAGCACACCCUACCAGCGCACCCUACCCUCUCUUUUUCUUUUUUGUUCAUCGCUUGUCAUUUCUCUCUUCCAUGCUCCUCUCUGGUGCUAUAUUACUUUACAUUUAUAAAAUAACAUUUCUCUGGCUAUAAUUUAGCUUUGUUAUAAAGUUAACCACUAAUACUGGACCAUUAAAUCUACAUAUAUACAAAGGCAAAUAUUUAGUCUCCUAUAGUAUAUAAAGAACAGGUCUUAAUGUAUAACAUGCACUAUACUAAAUCUACUAUAAUUAUUAUAGGGAUAGUUAUCAAGGCUCAAGUUCAACUUAUUACACAUCCAUGUUUCUACUGCUGAUCCAAAAAAUAUAUAUGAAGAGCUGUUUACAAUUUUGUUUUAAAAACAUUCUGACUCCAGAUUUUAAAUUGAGGUUAACUAUUACUAAUUACUACACGGUGUAUGCAUUGAAUGGAACAUGGUUUACAAAUUACACAUGUAAAGUAAAUACUGAUUAAUGGACCAUAGAAUGAGGAAUACUAACGUGUUCCGAACGCUAUCGUGUUUUACUAAAUACUUAGAUGAACCCCCACAAAUGCAAUAAAAAAGUCACCUUUUAGCCCCAUGCAGCCCUGACUCCAUCGCUGAGAUAAUCAGUCAAGAUGAUCUCAGCCAAUGCUACCUCAAAGGAAAAAUCGCAAUGUUGCACCAAUCAGUAUCUCCUCAGAGAGGCAAUGAGUGUUUAGCGCAGAGACGCUGAACGCUGGUUCUGCAAUCUUUGCAGGACCAAACCCGGGAAGUCCCUCUAAUGGCUGUCAGAGUAAUAGCUGCUAGAUGUGAUUAUAGGCAGCAGUGCAAACACUGCCUUUUCUCAGGAAAGGCAGUGUUUGCUCUGCUGAACAUGCAGGGACAGGCUUUAUUUCCCAGAAUCUAUACAUCAAGCUGUAAUGGUUCUAGUGAAGAUAGUGUCCCUUUAAAAGGAUAUUUCAGAGAGGCUCCUAUUUGAAACAAUUCAAAGCUUCAGAACACAACUACCGACAGGAUGUGGACAAGGUAAAACCAUGUGACAAAGGUGUGCAUGUGCAGUUCUUCGCACACUGAAAAAAGUGGAACCAGUUGUGCAUGUGAAACACAGACAAAAAGAUUCUCACGCAUGCAUGAUUAUGAUAGGUACUGUAAUGACCUAAAAAAACUACUUUGUCAUACUUUUUACAGUUUUUUAUCUACCCCUUCUGAUAUAAAGAUGAGUUGCUAGAUAUUUAAUUUUCUCAGAAUAAUAAAUUCACCUUGACAGUAAAGUAAAAUACUUGGCAAAAAAAAAAGUUUCCCAUAAAGAGCGCUUUGACAGUGCCCUGCACAUGGGAAACCUUUGUCAUGGAUGGCACACAUCCCUUUUCACAUCUGAUGCUGGCAAAUGUGAAAUAACCCAUAAAAAAUUACAGUGUUCGGUGUUUAAAAUGUUUAAUUAAAUAGACUAAAAUUAUCUGGGGAGGAGCUAGUAUCCGAGCUGAGCAGUCGCAUUACCAAAAGCUGGACUUUGGGCAGAAAUUAACUAAAUUUACUCACCGAUUAUUGUCACUAUGGGCUCAUUGACCAUGAGACGCAAAUCUAAAAAAAACUAAACCGUAUCGGCCUUACCAUGAUUUGGGUGAUUUAUUCGUCUGCAGAGAGCAGACUCAAUGUGGUGUCAGACGUCGAAGAUGACACCGACUCCUCUCCAUGGAAGAUUUGAGCUUCCAGGAUCCCUCCAGGUUUCCACAAACCGAUAAUGAGGACUCAUCCCCGCUGCCAAAAGGCAUUCUUAGGACCCAUUGGUGGAUCCCCAACAAAAUAUAUCUGCGGGCAUUUCUCAAUUCUAGGAAGAUAUUAAAGGAUUCUCCACCAGACAUAGCUAUGUUGAAGAGAUCAUGACCUCUCAGUGUACCAAACUUGUGGAGCUGAACAAAACGUGCAUUCUGGCAUGUUUACUCCCUUCUGGUUUAGAGAGACGUGUAUACUGUACUGCUCUUUCAUCAUUAUCAGUCAAUUUUGAAUGUAACGUAAUGCAUAUAUCCGAUGACCUAAAAUUAUCAUUAUUAAUAUUAAUAUUAUAAUAUCAAAGUUUUUACUAAUUGCGCAUUAACCAUUCUUAAUUCAUGAUUAAACCAAAGGCACAAAACAGCAUCAAACUUAGAAACUGAGAUCAGAUCAGGAAGUCAGACAAGUCAUGGCAUACAUAGAUUCAGGGCUGCCAUCAGACAUUUACGCCUACAGGGCCUGCCACUCAUUUCACCACCAUCUCGUAGACACUUUGAGCUGCAGUAGGUGAUGUAUGUGUGUUUGUAGGGGAUGUAAUGUGUGUGUUUACAGAAUGUUGAGUAUGUGUAUAGGGACCCAAUGUGUGUAGGGGAUGUAGUAUGUGUGUUGUGGAUGCUGUGUGUUUUUCAAGGAGGAAGUGUUCGUAUAUAGUGAAUGCAGUGUUAAUUUUGUCGACUAACAAUUUUUGUCAGUUAAGUCAACUAAAUUUUGGAGACAGUGGCGUACUAAGGGGGGACGGAGGUGGCGGUCCGCCCCGGGUGCCACCAGGGUGGGGGGUGCCUUGGGAGGGGGCGCCGCCAGGAGCGCCGGCCCCCCUCAUGCUGCAGGCGCCUGAGCACUCUGCAGAGAGCCUCAGGCGGCUGCAGCUUUGCCCGCCCAUGCGCAGCCUGAGGAGAGGGGCUGACAGGAGGGAAGCGCUCAGCUCCCUCCUGUCACUCCCUCAAUGUAGCGUGGCCGAGCCCUGUAGUCCUUGGUACAGGGAGCAUCUGUCUCCUGUACCCGACUAACAGGAAGUACACUGAGUGUUCAUUUCCUGUAGUCCGGCCGGGUACAGAAGCUCCCUGUACCCGCUGACCCUAUAUAGAGCUCGCCACGCAGGAGGUGGUGGGGGGAGAAAUUGGGAAGGGGGGAUAAAUAAAGAUUGGGAGGGGGGGAGGGGAUAAGGAAAUUGGGAGGGAUAAAGAUUGGGAGGGGAGUUGGGGAUAAAGAAAUAUUGGGAGGUGGGGAUUAAGAAAGAUUGGGAGGGGGGUGAUAAAGAUUGGGAGGGGGAUAAAGAAAGAUUGGGAGGGGGAUAAGGAAAUUGGGAGGGGGGAUAAAUAAAGAUUGGGAGGGGGGAUAAAUAAAGAUUGGGAGGGGGAUAAAGAAAGAUUGGGAGAGGGGGAAAAGGAAAUUGGGAGAGGGGAGAUAAAUAAAGAUUGGGAGGGGGAUAAAUAAAGAUUGGGAGGGGGGAUAAGGAAAUUGGGAGGGGGGGAGAUAAAUAAAGAUUGGGAGGAUAAAGAAAGGUGGGAGAGGAUAGGAAGUAGGAGGAGACAAAUAAAGAUGGGGGAUAAAGAAGAUUAGGGAUAAAUAAAGAUUGGGGGAUAAAUAAAGAUUGGGAGAAGGAGGGUAUAAAGAAAGAUUGGGAGGGCAGAAAGAAAUUGGGGAGGGAGAAGGAAAUUGGAGGGGGAUCAAGAAAGAUUGGGGGUAUAAAGAAAGAAAUUGGGAGGGGGAGAAGGAAACUGGAGAGGGGGGGAUAAAGAAAGAUUGGGAGGGGGAUAAAGAAAGAAAUUGGGAGGGGAGAAGGAAAUUGGAGGGGGGGAUAAAGAAAGAAAUUGGGAGGGGGGAGAAGGAAAUUGGAGAGGGGGAUAAUUACACACACUUAAUGCACCCCUUACACACACUCAAUGCAUCCGUACAUACACAGAAACACACCUUGCAGCCCUUACACAUACAAACACAGAUUCACACAAUGCAUUCCUUACACGCAUAUCAGGACAUCCCCUACACACUCCACCCCCUGUGAACAAACUCAUUGGUGGAACAUGAAGGUGGACCCUGGGACCCAGACCUUGAGCUGUGUAAAGGACCCCCAAAAAAUGGAGCUGCUUCCUGUUCUCCCAGAACAUUGAUUUUUGUGACCACAGUUACAAACCGCCUCCAGAGAGCCUGUUCUACACCAGACCAGUGGAGCCAGACUGCAGCUAGAGCCCAUCAUCAUCCUCAUCUGGUUGUAAGUAGGCAAUCUAGUAUAUUAUUCGUGGCACUAAUCUCUAAUUUACCUCACAUUAAAGAAACACUAUAGUCCCCAGAACCACUGCAGCUUAAUGUAGUGGUUCUGGUGUCUAUAGCCUGUCCCUGCAGGCCUUUUAAUGUAAACACGGCGGCACUGCAGCACUGGCGUUAGAUAACAUGGCAAAUCAUAUGGGUGGGGCAUUGUGAUGUCACAUGGGGGGGCGUCAAACUUUACUUUUGCCUAGGGCGGCAAAAAUCCUUGCACUGGCCCUGGCUGGAGGGGGCUGUGUGAGCUGUGGCCGCACAGUGCCCCAUGGUAGUUAGGGUACAGCUGACACAAGCAAACAGCUGAUAAACUGGCCGCACGGAGGAGAAGUGGGGCAGAGCUAAGCAAAAUCGGAGGCGCAGCCAAACUGGCGCUGGGGGCGGGGCUUGGGGGCAAGGGGGUGCCAAGCACAGGAUCUGCUCCAGGUGCCAAAUGCUCUAGGUACACCCCUGUUUGGAGAUUUAGUCUUCUAAAACUAGAUUAAAACGAAGACAAUUCAGAUGACUAAAAUACAAGUAAAACUAAAAUGGCUUUUUAGUCAAAAGAAUAUAACUAAAAUUAAACUGAAAUUUGCUGCUAAAAUUUACACUUGCGGGUAAGACACACGAGGAGCCUGGGGAAAUGAGACACAUAGAGGGACUGGGGGGGAAAUGAGCACAUAGAGUAACUUGGGUGGAAUGAGACACAGGGAGGGGCUGGGGGGAGGAAUUGAGACACUUGUGGCUGGGGGAAUGAGACACAUGGGGGAGGUCAGAUGCGUGGAGGGGCUGGGCAAGACUUAAAGUGACAUAGAGGUGCUGGGGAGAAAGAGGCAAGAUGGUGGGGGAAGAGAUACACAAAUAGAGCUGUGGAGAGAAAGAGGCACACACAGGAGCUGUGGGGGGCAAAGAGCCACAGAGGGGCUGGGGAAGGGGCAAAAGAGACAUACAGUGGAAGGGGCAAAAGAGACAGACAGGGGCUUUGGGGAAGACACCCAGAGGGGCAGGGGGAACACAAAGAGACACAGACGGUCUGGAAAAUGAGCAAAAGAGACAGAUAUCGGCUUCAACUAAAGCUGUUAGAUUUUAGUUGUGUUGACUAAAAUCUACUAGGAGAUUUAGGUGACCAAAACUAGACUAAAAGUAAAGCAAUUUCAGAAUACUAAAAUACGACUAAAACUAAAAUGGCUUUUCAGUCAAAAGACUAUGACUAAACUAAAUUGAAAUUUGCUAUCAAAAUUAACACUGGCAGUAUGUGUAGUGAAAUCAGUGUGUGUUUGUAAAGGGGAUGCUGUGUGUAGUGGAUGCAGUGUGUGUUUGUAUAGGGGAUACUAUGUGUUUAACCCCUUAAGGACACAUGACAUGUGUGACAUGUCAUGAUUCCCUUUUAUUCCAGAAGUUUGGUCCUUAAGGGGUUAAAGGCUGCAGUGUAUGUAUAGUGCAUAUAGUGUGUGUAGUCAAUGCAGUGUGUGCAUAGUGCAUGUGGUGUGUGUAGUCUGUGUAGUCCAUGCGGUGUGUAUUGUUUGUGGUCUUUGUAUAUAGUGUAUGCAGUGUGUGUAUUUUUUUUUGUUUGGCCCCUUACAGGUAUUCUGCUUGCACGCACUGAUGGCGACCCUGCAUAGCUCAAACUAUCACAAGCACUUUUUGCUUAUUUAUGCAUUAAUUCUAUUUUUCUACAGGGGGGCAAUUCCUUCUUUGUUUUAACAAACAUUGUAAAAACAGAAAAUCAAGCACAAGGAGUUUGUCCGGAGGUAAGCCCAUUUUAUCAUUUCUGUGCACGCGUUUUACUGUUUGCAGAAGACAAUCAGGGCUAGCUUGACAUGACGCACAAAAUUGCCAAUGUCUCAGCUGUGUUCAGACAGUGAAUUCUGAGGGCUAACUCUACCUCCUCUUACCCUAACAGCUACUCUAAGUGAUCCAAUCCAACCCAACAAAAAAACAAAUAACUUGGAUAACACAUGAGCAAGGAAAAUGAAACACAUGAUAAGAGUUGCCACACACAGUUUACUCCCUUAGAUCCUACCAGAGGUGGUCACCUGUAACCAUAAGAAAGUAUGAUUCCUUUUCAAAGAACACUAUAGUAAGUGGUGUUUUUUUUUUGAAAGCUCAGGUAGUGGUGAUUGAAAAGGAAACUUAGAUCUCCUCCUCUCCCAAAUUGCAGCCCAAUAUCAUUUUUAAUAUAAACUCAAAGACCUUCUCUGAUAUCCUGGAAGAACAUUUAAUACUAAUCUCCCUACCCUCAUACAAACUGAUUUGUGUAUUACAAAGGGAAACCUCAUAAUAAAUUAAAGUACAUUGAAUCAAGUACAUUGAAUCAUGUAACAUUGUUAUUUAUUUAUUUGACAGUUCUUAUAUAGUGUUCUUGUCCAGAGCUCUUUGCAAAAUAUUAACAAUUAAUUACGGACAGUGACAUCUAUAAUUAGACAUACUGGCGCAAAAGGCAAUCUUGCCCAUGGACAUUAGUCUAACAUUUGUGGCAUUUUAUCCAGAAUGCUAUGUAAGACAUACACAAGAGCUUACAAUGUAACGCAAAAGUAUGCAAUGACACAGACGGUAAGAGGGGGAAAAUAAUAUGAAGGGUAUCACAUAAAAAACUAUUUCUGAUGUCACUAAUUAAAGAGUUAAUUAAUCAAUAACAAGUGACCACACAUUUAGGAGUAUGGUCUAUAAAUAAAGAGACAAAUAGAAGAUCCAGGCACUCAAUCAUUCUUUUUAAAUUGCAAUUUUUUAAAGGCAACAGCAACCAAACAGUGAAAUGUUUCGACCUACAUUGGUCUUUGUCAAGUUGUCACUUUUUCCUUAUCGUAGUGGCAACAGAGCUGUUUACCUAAUGCUGCCCCGAGCGGCUACUGUUGCUUCUUCUGCUAGAAGCCCUUGUCAAUGCUUUACUCUUGCACAUGCACGAGAGAUCAUCAUUGAUGUCAAUGGAGUAUCUCAUGAGACCAUGGAAGGCUCCAUAGGUAUUACCUCAUUAUAAGUGAGACAAUGCCUGUUUCUCACAGCUGUCUUAGUUACAGCUGUGGAAAGUGACUAAACGUGAUGAAACUGACUUUUUCAAGGCAUUGCAUUUCGAGAAGUAAUUGUUCAAUUAUAGUUGAAGAGUAUCACUUACAGGGUUAUUCACUAAAGUCUGAAUUGCCCAAUACUGGAUGGGACAAAAUCAUUUGCUGCAGUACUGGGACAUUCAGACUGCAAAAUCCAUAUAUCUUCCACAGUGUGUAACGAUAGCUGGAGUUUUCAAAGCAGACUGUGGAUGAGCCUGAAUCUGUCUGGAUUUCAUCCAAACCGAUAGCUACCAGACAGCUGAAAGCUGGACAAGAAUUGUUAAAAUAUUUUGGAUGUUUGAAAUCAGGACCAAAUUUUAAACAUCUAAACUAUUUGCCAGCUUGUAGGGGCCAUGUCCCCCCAUAGAUUUACAAUGGCCGCCCAGUCACUAGUUUUUAGUUAAAGUGAGCAGCCUAAAGCUGCCAUGACAUGGCAGGUGGGGCCAUAAGGGAUAUUAAAACCUUUCAUAUACUAAUAUUAUGCUCAUAUUGACACCGAUUGGCAUUUUUAUUCACUUUUUUAAUGUGGUGACUGGCUAGCAAGUUUUGGCGAGCUGCCUAAUGAAUAAUCCUUGCACUGCCAAGGGUUUAUCUAUAUUUGCCUGCUGCCUGCUAGUGCUGGGCAAAUAGUACAUCAAAAUAUCUUUCUCAUGCAUAAAAAAAUAGGCAUUAAGUCAAGUGAACGAUAAUUUGCAAAUGUGCAUCCUGCUAGACGGAAUCAGUUCCUACUUAGAUAAAAAUCGGUGCUUUGUACAUAUUCAGAAUCCUGUACUAUGUACAGGGCUUAGAUUCUGAAAGCACUCAUUUUAAACCACACACCAGAUGUCGUUGGGGGGAAAUUUCGUCAGGUUGGUCAAAUAUAGACUGGAAUUAGGUUAGGUAUGAGAAUUGCCAUUCCAGUCGGAAUUUGACCAUUUUCACUUGUUUUUGUCCAUUCAGAAAAAAAAAAAUCUGGUGUAUAGUGAAUACGCCUGUUAGUGGUUUAUGUUUUUUUUAUUUUUUUAAGUAAUCGUUUAUUAGUAACUACAGUAAAUAAUACAUUGUUUUCUUCUUUAUAGUUUCCAAACCGAAAAACAAUUUGCUCUCGAGAUGACAUUUGUAAAAAAGAUUAUGCUGACCCACAAAGUAAUGGUAUGUGUGAUUUUCCUGCUAUUUAGCUUUAAUUAGUACAUUUUCAGAGAGAACUUCAUAUAAACUGAAGGUGAAAUACACAAACAAGUGAACAAAGUUUCUACCAGUGCAGGAGCUAUGUAUGAGCAUUAUGUCUAGAGUCAUGGCAGUUUAUAAAGGGCUUAUUGAUUUAGAAACAUAGAAUGUGACGGCAGAUAAGAACUAUUCGGCCCAUCUAGUCUGCCCAAUUUUCUAAAUACUUUCAUUAGUCCCUGGUCUUAUCUUAUAGUUAGGAUAGCCUUAUGCCUAUCCCACGCAUGCUUAAACUCCUUUACUGUGUUAACCUCUACCACUUCAGCUGGAAGGCUAUUCCAUGCAUCCACUACCCUCUCAGUAAAGUAAUACUUCCUGAUAUUAUUUUUAAACCUUUGUCCCUCUAAUUUAAGACUAUGUCCUCUUGUUGUGGUAGUUUUUCUUCUCUUAAAUAUAGUCUCCUCCUUUACUGUGUUGAUUUCCUUCAUGUAUUUGGUUUUAGUUCUCCACAUAGGUGUCCGUCCUGAAUGAAAAGUGCAAUCACCUCAAAGUGUCAUUAGUACAGGUCUAUUAAAAAAUGCCUUACCUAUGUAUGUUAAUACAGUGCCUACCAUCACAAAUGUUGCAACUUUUAACCAGUUUGUUGAAGCCAAUAUCCCACACUAACAAAUAAAAAAAAUCAAGUGUGAAAAAGCCUCAGGAGGAGGUGCAAAAUAUUUGUGGUGAUGUCAGUCUCAUAUAACGCGUGGGCUGGCUUGCAGAUACGCGGACAGUAACAGAUGCUAUCCGAUACUCUGUUGCUGCUGGGUAUUGUUGCAUCAUGCCAUGUUUGAAAAUGUGGUACCUAGCGAUUUCAUGCAUCAAGGACAAUUAGAAAGCUCAGUUCUUGGCUGCUGCUAUACACACCAGCUGGUUUUUAAAGUUUUUUUAUGAAAAUAAAAGUUGUCAUAUUUCAGUCUGGAGAUCCUGCUGUCUUUGUAAAUGGAAGAGUCCGCAGAUUACUUUAAAUCCAGUGCUCACUAGGGUCCUGAUCGUCCCAUUGCCUAACUGUUUGAGGGACACAGAUUUACUCAUAUUUCGUGAGUUAAUUUACAUAGGGUACCUAUGGGGGUUAUUAUCUAAACAUUUUUGCAUAUUUUUUUUCAGGAUAUAAAUUAAACUACAAGUAGAAUACGUACACAAUUAUUAUUUAUGUACACAAUAGAUUUACAGUUUUAUAACAAUUGUUUGUACAAAAGAUUAUAUAACAUUACGUGUCUGCUGGCUGCAGGGAUACAAACGGGGCGAUGUAUACAGUACAAUUCUACUAUUAAAACCUGCGAAAUCCGUGCCUGGUGUCCUGUGGAGUCCAAGAGUACCCCAGAGUAAGUGCUUUCAAUUAUGUAACAAGGCAAAGUUCCCUUGCCCAUCAAAUAUGUCUAAAAAGUCACAGUUUACUUAAAACACACUUUAAAAACAUGUAUUUUUUACUCAUCAAAACACACAUUACAUGCCAUUUUGCAGAAAAAUGCAUUUGUGUGCAUUUUGCAAUGUGUUCUACCUUUUUUUAUUAUAAGUAUUGCCAGAGAAUGUUUGAUCAACACCAAUCCUUAAAGGGACACUAUAGUCACCAGAACAACUACAGCUUAUUGUAUUUGUUCUGGUGAGUAGAAUCAUUCCCUUCAGGCUUUUUACAGUUAACAAAGUCUUUUCAGGGAAAAUGCAGUGUUUACAUUGAUCCCUAGGUAUACCUCCAGUGGCCAUUUAUUAGAUGGCUACUAAAGAUGCUUCCUGGGUCAGUGCUGCACAGUCUCUGCAUGGAGACACUGAACUUUACUCAUUGAUUCAAUGCAUCUCUAUGAGGAGAUGCUGAUUACCAAGCCUCCUAGACGAUCUCAGCCAAUCUAAUGCUUUUCUUAUGGGAAAGCAUUAGAUUGGCUGAGAUUAUGCAUUCUGAUGAUCUAAACCAAAGAAGCGGAUAGGGGGCUGGGCUAGUGCCAGCAUACCUGCACCAUGCUGGAAAUUAGGUAAGUUUUCUUACCUUUUAAGGGGGACCUGUGGGGGACUAGACACCUAAGUGUUGGUUUUAACAAUGUAGGGUCAGGAAUACAUCAUUGUGUUUCUGAUCCUAUAGUCUUCCUUUAAGAUACAUUCCUAGACAGAUGUCACACGUUCUGUCUGCAUGUUUGUACAGUAAAACAAUUAGCAAUUGAGCUUAUUGAACAAGUUCUGUUUCAAAUGACACAUUUACAAUGAUGUACCUAGUCCCUACUAUACGUAUGUAUUAAGAGCAGUAGUAUUCUGAAAAAUUGCUUUUGUCACAAGCAUCCUGCAAUGUGACUUCAACCUACCAUCAUCAACUAUUUCAUAUCAAAUACUGAAGCUUUAAUACAUUUUCCAUGGCACAGUUUGCUAUGCAGGAUGUGAUAGGAAGGGAAUUUAAUCACUAAGCCCCAUUUAUAGCUAUGUGGAAAUAUAUUCCAUAUAUUUCUAAAGAAGGAAUCCGUGCUUCAGUAGCAAAGAAAUCUACAGUGCUGUUUACAAUGCUCUAUUGUAUACAUAGUGGUACAUAGAUAAAUCUUCUAACAAAAGGCCCUUUCUAUCAUCCCACUAAGGAAAUUCCUGUAUGAACUCUGAGUGCUUCUUUAGCUCUCCAGUGUAAGAAUAGUAUCUUAAACAUUUGUCUGUCAGUGUGUCUGUCUGUCUCAUUGGUGGCGGUAAAGAAAGAAACAAAAAAAUAACAAAAACACAAAAGUAAUAAUUAGGAUUCCCUUGGUAAAUCCCCAUUCCGACAUUGUAAGUAGUCAAACCAUUUAAGAACUACCCCCCUUCCACUCAACAACCAGGAGAGCCAAAGUUCCUGCGUAGCAGCUUCAACUUGUUCUCCUGAGCUAAGUCCUGUAGGGAAGGGCCAGCUCAUUGGCUGAGAUUAUCAGGUGAUGGUUUAGUUCAGAUGGAGAGCAUCAUGCUCUCUUGUAAUGGAGAUGGGGAAUAGCGCCCCAGGAACACAAGGUAAUAAGUCAGAGCAUUCUAAGAUGGCAUGAUAACUUACAUUGGUGAUGCGCCAGGGCAUUCCUGUUACCAUAACCACUCUAGCACUCUUUAGUAGUUAUGGAGCUUGGAGUGAUCCUUCAAGGGAGAAUUAAAUUCAGGUGUUAAAUACAAAGGGCAAAGCAAAAGACAAGGUUGAGGUAGACAGAGGACCAUGGCAGUUCUGGGGUAGUAUGGUUUUAUGGUGGCAUUUUGUGUUUCUACUAUUAUCUACCAUUUAUUAUUACUCUGUACUUUGACCUUUGGCUGGCUCUUGAUCAGUUGUACCUUGUUUCUCCUUAAGCCACCUAACCCCACAACCUGGAACUUGAUCUUGAUAAGAGUACUAAUAAAUUCUGCAGUCAGACGAAAAUUCCUCCCAGCAUUUUUUAAUUACAGUGGCCCACUGAAAAGGGGGUGGCUGGGCCAGAUAGGGUGUGUUUUGUCAUCACUAAUGACAAGCACGGCCCAUCACAAAGUGCACAUGCUGGUUCAAUGCUCUUCCAGGGCAGACCAUGUGCAGAGCUCUGCUGAAGAGCUCUAGCAGGAGAAAAAGGCCCUGUAUUUGUUCUGCAAAUUUCAUAACAUGCUUGCACUGUGUUUGCUUGAAAUAUAUCUCUGGUGUCUGCAUAGAUGGGAUACCAGGAGACAAAAAUGGCAGUAAAGAAUAUUGUGCAGUGUGUGUGAGGGUAGUGUGUGUGUGAGAGUUGUAGUGUGUGUGUGAGGGGUGCAGUGUGUGUGCAAGAGGGGUGCAGUGUGUGUGAGGGUGCUGUGUAGGUAAGGAUGCUGUGUGUGUGAUGGGGUGCAGUGUGUGUGUGCUGUGUGUGAGUGAUGGGUGCAGUGUGUGUGAGGGUGCUCUGUUUGAGUGAGGGUGCUAUGUGCGUGCGAGGAAACUAUGUGUGAGAGGGUGCUAUGAGUGUCAGGGCUGCAGUGUGUGUAUGUGUGAGAAAGGGUGCUGUGAGUGUCAGGGGUGCAGUGUGUGUGUGUGUGUGUGAAUGAGGGUGUUGUGAGUGUCAGGGGUGAGUUCCUCCGAGUUCCUCUCCUUGCUGUCUCCCUGCAUGUGAGAGGAUGCUGUGAGUGUCAUUGGUGCAGUGUGUGUGUGAGUUAGGGUGUUGUGAGUGUGUGUGAGUGAGGGUGCUGUGUGUGUGUGUGUGAGGGUGCUGUGAGUGUCAGGGGUGCAGUGUGUGUGUGUGAUAGAGGGUGCUGUGAGUGUCAGGGGUCCCUGGUGGUGCUAGUGGUCCCUGUGGGGCUAGAGUUCACACUCGCGAGACCCAGAGCGUUACCAUGGCAAUGCUCUGAACCCGGCGGAGCUGCAAGAUAGAGUUCCUCAGGGUUCCUCUCCUGGAUGUCUCCCUGCAUGUGGGCCAGUGAGGGAGGUCUUUGAUCUCCCCCUCCCCCCCCCCCGUACCGUCAUGGAAAACAGAGAGGCCGGUGCUCAAAUAGUGCAUGGAACGACCAGGAAGAUCCUGUGAUCUCCCCUGCCAGCCUCGGCCCAUGGACAUCGCGGCCCGGUGUGCCUGAUGGCCAGUCCGGGCAAGUUCUGUUGUUUAUUUUGUUGUUCUUACUAAGUUUUAUCUCUGUUAUGUUAUCACAUUUGAAUGCUGCCUCUCAGAAGGUAUCACAGUGUCUAGAUCUACAUGGCCCUAUGUUCUGAUGCCAAUAUGCAGGGAUAGGCAACCUUUGGCACUCCAGAUGUUGUGGACUACAUCCCCCUAAUGCUCUUACAUCUAUAAUGCUGGCAAAGCAUCAUGGGAGGUGUAGUCCAAAACAUCUGGAGUGCCGACGGUUGCCUAUGCCCUUGUUUUUAGUCGGUGUCUAGCUUCACAUCUACUUGACCCUUCUUUUCUUGCUCUUGCCAUACAGUUAUUAUUCACAGCAGUUUAGUAUCUUAGUGUUUAUUUUGCAGUAGAGGCUCCACUCAGUAGAUCCUUUUCUGAUGAAAAAUUUUAAGGCUUGGUACUCAUUGAUUCAUGCAAGUUAUCCUGAUACCAAUUUUGAUGUACCAGUCUGCAUGUUUGUUUAUGUUUUUUUACUAUAUCUGUACCGCCAAGUAUUGAGAUAUACAUUUUUUUUUUUUAAUUAUUAACACAAGCACAAUAUUAUUAAUUUUUAUGGCACACUAAAUCCAACUAGAACUGUAUUCCUUACACGAUAGUGUUCCAUUAACUGUGUUUUGUAAUAGACCUCUAAAAGGCUUCAUAGCAAACACACUGAUUUUGUUGUAUAGGUAAAUUAAGAAGUGUACAUUAAAAGUAUAGACUGUCUUAUGUGCAGUGUAUGUUUAGACCCCUGAAUAUGCAAUACCAAUUCUAGUCUGUAAAUAUGUCAUCAUGGGUGGUGUUGUCACCAUAUGGACAAUGAGUUAAACUAUAAAUCACGCAUAAGUAAUGUUGUAUGCUAAAUAUAUGCAACUGAUUUUGAAAACAGUGACUUUCUGUAAUGCGAGACAAUGUGACUCUUUCUGGAAAAAGUCAAUACAGUAAUUGUAGCCAGUCUACAGUUCUCUAACCACUACAGUCAUCAAUACACUGGUUGAUGUUUUGUCCAACAGACCAAGAUUUCCAUUUAUCUAGCUUACUAAUAAAUAUAUACAUUUGUGGGAUACAGGACCAAGCUAAAAUCGUUUGUGUGAUAGGGUAUCACUAAGAAGUAAGUUGUCAUGACUGGGCAACUGAUUUGUAAAAUGUAGCCUGAAAUAGCUGAAUUGAAAGUAUUUUCCAUCAUACAGUCCGCUGAUGUUUUCUCUGUAUGUUUUCCAGUCCCGCUGUUCUAACAGGAGCUGAAAACUUCACUGUUCUGAUUAAGAAUAAUAUUCACUUUGCUGAAUUCAAUUAUACAACGUAAGUGUCAAUACGUUCUGAAGAACUUGAUGUAAAAUGCCAUGUGACAGGUUAGGAGUAUUUGCUCUAGAUAAUUAGGGUUGAAAUGACUAUAUCCCUAGGUAUCGCUCAUCUGACAUUGACAAUAAAUCAGUUUUUAACUAGGAAUUCAUAUGUAUCACAUGUAUAGCUCAAAUAUAAUUAUCCCAAUCAUUAUAAUCUUGUUCUGUAUGGUACAGGAAAAACAUACUGCCUGAAUACAAUGUAUCCUGCAUCUACGACCGAGUGAAAGCCCCCGAGUGCCCCAUCUUCCGAUUAGGAGAUAUUGUGAAGGAGGCCGGAGAAAGCUUUUCUCAAGUUGCAGUCCUGGUGAGUGAUCUAGAUAUUGUGGAGUGAUGACUACAGAACAAUAUCACAGAAAAAGGGAUGUUUUAUCUCUUGGAAGAAAAUACAAUACAGUGGGGAGCAAGUAAAUAUUCCAGUAAUAUUAGUACAAAGACAUCUCAUCUUUGAUUAAAUUUUAUCAUAAAAGAGUUCUAUAUAAAUAUGUAAUCAGCUCAUCAUAUGGUUGUUAAAAAAAUAUACAUGCUGGGAGAAGACUUUACUCUGGAUCCAGGUUUUUAAUCCCUUCAGGACGGAGUCAAUAGUACACGUUCUGAUCAAAACAAAAUGCAAACAAAAACUGGAAUUUGCGCUAUAUGUCUGUUCAACCGUAAUUCACCUCUUUCAUAUUAUAUGCACCCACACUUAUUAUAUAUCAUUUUGUUCAGGAGAAACGGGGCUUCAUUUAAUAUCAAAUAUUUAUAUAUGAAACAUUAUUUAUAUAUGAAAAAAUUAUUAUGAAUAAAAUCAAAACAACUGUGAGAAAUGUAAUUUCUUUUUUUUAAAUUGUAGUUCCACCUCACAUUAUAGCUGUAAAUGUCAUAAAACUGUUAGCUUUUACUGCAAAAAAAGCACAUAUUUGGAUUCAGCAAAAUCUCACGAGUACAACAGUAGCCCCCAUUAACAGUUUUUACGGUGUUUUGGAAAGUCAAAGGGUCAAAUAUAGCACAUUCCAUUUUCCCGUUUUUUCACAUUGAAAUUUGCCAGAUUAGUAAUGUUACCUUUGAGAUUGUGUGGAAGCCCAGGAAUGACAUUUACACCCAUGAUGGCAUACCAUUUGAAAAAGUAGACUACCCAAGGUAUUGCAAGUGGGGUAUGUCCAGUCUUUUGUAGUAGCCACUUAGUCACAAACACAUGUUUAAUAUUUUCAUAGAACGCCGUAACAGCGUUAAGGGGUUAAUGGCUAUUGUCACCUAUUGUGUGUUUUCCAACAUACUUUUCUAUCAGUUUUUUUCUAUUAAAAAUAACCAUGGGGAUUUCCACACUCCAUAUUGUUGGUUUGUCUGCGUCUUUAACAAAGUUCCAAUACAAUAAUACUCACACUAAUGCACAUUUAAACUACAUUUUACUUCAAGCAUCAUGACCACUUCAGUGGAACAGAACAAGAGUUACGGACUGGCUAAUGUAAAUUCUGUGCAUAUUUCUAUUGGCUGAGAAUGGUCAGCUGAUUCUCUCAGACAUUUAAUGGCUGAUGGGAUUGACAUCACAGUCAGCAAAAGAGGUGCCUCAGCACCUGGCAGGAAGUGGGGCAAGGAUAAUAUCAAGAACCUUUCAUGAAUCUCAUUAUCUUUGUAUUACAAUUCACACAGUAUAGUAAAUGGAUAUUACAAUAAACAAUAUUUAAACAAGGCCAAAUGUAUUUAUGUAAGUUUUUUUCUUUGCAGGGUGGUAUAAUGGGCAUUGAAAUCAAUUGGAAUUGUGAUCUUGAUUAUUUGUCAUUCAAAUGUCGUCCAUACUACAGUUUCCGCCGCCUGGAUGAAAAGGUUGUUGAUGAACGCUUGUUUCCUGGUUUCAAUUUUAGGUAUGGUCAAUAAUAUGUGUUAAAACCAUAAUGCAAGCAAGCUGUAAUGUAUACCAGUCACACACAAAAAAAAAAAAGAAGGAAAAAAGUUUUUGUGUCCUCUAUUGACGUAAGAUAUAGUAGAGGUUGGUGGAAAUACGCAAGAGUGACGCCGGCAACACACAUAUAACACAUGAUGAAGUGUACCCCGGCUACACACAUAUGAAGCCACAUCAGAUGCUACCUUAUUGCUCAGAAGUACUGUGCCUUGCAGAGAGUUGCUUGCUAAUAAUUUCUAUAAUUCUGCUAUUAUUCUGCCAUUUCCUUUGAUUACUCGCUUAUGAGUCAUUGCAACCUCGACCGACCUUUCCUUGACCAAAUUACGCUUUCAGUGUUCUCCUUGUCCUUUAGUGCUGGUUUCUGCAUUUUGAAUUCUUCCAUGCCAGUCCCUGACAGUUAAACAGUAUUAUACAAACACUCCAUUUCUAUUUAUUCUGUUACCCCCCCACCCCAUCUGAUUGCUUUCUUUACCUCAUAUGAAUACCAUUUUGUAACCGAUAUUAAAGGGGCUGUAUAUAUUUCUCACAACUCCGUCUCAUGUCAUGUCUCAUAUCACUUUGGUAGCUCACGAAGCAUGCUUUUGCCGACUUUGGAAGCCAUGGAAUAAACAUGACAAGAGCUAUUACACUUUUUUUAAUAGAGAAAUGAGUGUACCCAUCUUUAUUGAGCAGACUAGAUGGGCCGAAUGGUUCUUAUCUGCCGUCACAUUCUAUGUUUCUAUGUUUUUAGUCCCCCAAUGCAUACUAGGAGAUUUGAUAAGUCAGGUAGCUACUAUAUCAAACAUGAUAACAGUAGGAUAAUGUAGUAAAUGUACAGGAUAGAUAAUGACAGUGGACAUUGAUAGUGAUCAAUGCUGGAAGAGUAGAUCUAAACGAUUGGUCCUGAUAAUAGACAUAACCUAGAGUUGUGCUCCCUGGGCUUUGAGAUUGUCACGUAUCCAUCCUCUUCAUAUAAAGAUUACACUUACAGUAGUACUGUAAUUACCUUCCUAAGAAUAAUAGAAGUGCCGCACAACAGUCCUACGCCAUAGUGCCUGGUUUUUGCAACAUGUCGGUGGACGCUGGCCGCUGCGGAUCCACACCAUAUUAUAGCUCCACGUCCGCCCACGGUAAUGACGACGUCAACAUGCGUGUGACGUCACGCAAAAGACGCACACGCACAUUUUGGAGUCAAAAGUCAGGUACGGCCAAUCGGAUCUGCAGGAGGGUUAUUUAAACUUAUUAUUCCUUCUACUCAUUGCCCUGUCGUGGUUUCCCUUUGCUGGUUAUCUGAGAGUGUGUUCCUGAUCGUAUUGUUCUGGUUUUGGACUUGGGCUUCAUUUUGACUUCCCUGAUUUCUGGUAUCCUUGACUUUUGGCUUUCCCUCAUCAUUGUGUCUCAUUCUGUAUCCCUGACCUCGGCAAGUAUUUUGACUAUUCUUGGGUACGUUAAGUCCAGCCAUUCUAAGGUCUGGUUAGACGUUAUCCUUAAUCCUAGGUGUGAUACUAUUUCUGCAUGCUGGAUCAACUAGUAAUCCUGACAGAGAUGCAUGAAUCCCAUCCCAUGCUAGAUGACUAUAACCAACUUUCCAUAUCUGGGCUCAUCCAUGCCACAUGGUGCCCUUGGAAACAAAAAAAAUCCUAAACAGCCUCUUGAUCUUACUCUAAAUAUAUAUUUAGAAUUAGCCAACAGUAGAGAAGAUAGGGAAGAGAUGUACAACUAACACGGGGUUCUUCCUAGUAGCAAGGUGACAUUCAGGAUGCCUUUGCCAAUAAAAUCCUAAGUGGAGGUAGUGACUCCAUAUACGCACAAUAUUACGUUAUCUUAUUUUCCAAAACUAUUUUAAGAUAAUUUAACUCAAAAUUUAUAUUUUAGCAUUUGCUAAAUGUUAUUUUUCUGAUCUAACGCAACAUUUUUAAACUAUGAUCUAAGAAUUCUGGAUCUUUAAAAGUCUAGAAUAAUAUUUUCUACAAAACUCAAAAUGCACAGAUCCAGUUUAGCAGGCUAAACAUAUUGUUUACUAAAUUAUGUGUCAUUUCCUUUUCAGAUUUGCCAGGUACUAUAAAACCACAAAUGGAAAGGAUACAAGAACUCUCAUAAAGGCAAUCGGAAUACGUUUUGACAUUCAAGUAUAUGGCACGGUAAUUAUUUUAUGCAUUGUUAUUUUACCCCUUCAGUUCUACAUUUGUGUAUACAAGAUUGCCAGUGCCUGCACCCAUACCUUUCAAUCGUGUAUACACAAUUACAAUCAUUGCAAAUUAAAUAAGUUCAUUGCAAACUAAUUUUAUUUGCAAUAGCUGUGCUGAGCUAUCCCACUGCCCCACCACAAACUACAGGACAGAAGGGAGACCUUCAGAUCUCCCUGCACGGCGCUGCACUCAGGGCCGUCUUUAAGGAGGGGCAAAAGGGGCAGCUGCCCCGGGCCCAGUUACUCCUGGGGGCCCUAAGGCAGCUGCCCCAUGGGCCCCCUGUGGCACCUGAGGUAAUCAGGGGCCACAGCCCUUUAAUACUGCUCUGGACCGGCCCGGGCCCCUGUUAUAUGGGGGGUGGCUGACUACAUACUCACAGCUAGCCCCCUCACAUACUGCCCUGUGAGUCUCUUUGUUUCCUGGGCAUGCUGGGAGGAAGUGAGGUCAGAUUGCUUCCUCCCAGUAAGAACUGAUAACUUCCUCCUCAGUGCCGCUGGGGAGGAGGCACACACCACAUGGAGGAGGAUGCAAGCAUUGUGGGGGAGAGGGACUGAGAAAGCUAAUGGCAGACUCCCAUCAGCCUGGGCCAGCAAGCUCUCACUGGACACCAGGGAAGCCACCUUUCUGUACCCAAAAGGUAAGGAGACAGGAGGGUGGCUAAAUAUGUUUUGUUUUUUGUUUUGCUAAUUUCUGAUAUCACUUUUAUUUAAGUGUGUUGAUGUUUGUAAUGUAACACACAGGGAAUAAGUACAUGUUAAAAAUCCUAGAAGAACCUGACAGUUCCCUAUUAAAUAUAAAUUUAAAAAGUAUUUAUUUUAACAUAUUAUUGCAUCAAGUGUUAUCAAAGGCUGUAUACCAUUUUCAAAUGUCACUUUUGCCAAAUUCUGGACCAGGGUAUGUAAGAACAGAGUUGAGACAUUAUAUUGGCCAAGGUUGCUGGGAGUUGCUGUCCAAGAGCUGCUAGAAGGCAGAGAUUAAAAUAUGUAAAUGUACACAUAUAUAUGUGUGUAUCUGGCUGUGUUUAUGUCCUUGUGUGUAUCUGGCUGUGUUUGUCUGUGUGUCAGUGUUUCUGUGUGUAUGUAUACCUCAUACACCUGUAUGUGCACCUGUGUGUGUGUUUCGGUGUGUGUGUAAGUGUGCAUCUAAAUGUGUGGUAAUGCAUACAUCCCAGCAUUUUAAUGCCAACACAAAUACACUCCUACAUUCCAUCUCUAGCACUGUACACAUAUACACCCCUGCAUUUAUACCUUUAUGUAUGUGUGUAUCUGAGUGUGUGUGUAUAUACCUGUGUCAGUGUGUGUGUAUGUGCCAAUGUGUGUAUAUCAAAGUGCUUGUAUCUGUGUGUCAAAGGGUGUGUAUCUGAGUGUGUGUGUAUGUGUAUGUGCCAGUAUGUGUCAAGGUGUGAGCAUGUGUCAGUGUGAGCAUGUGUGUAUCUGCGUGUUAAUGUGUAUGUGUAUAUGUGUUAUAGAAAUCACACAACAUGCAAACAGACCCCUGCAAACACAAACAUUACAAACACACCAGUUUGCUGAAACACUAAUACUACACACAAAUGUACACAUGUAUUUAAAAGACAACACUACAUCCAAACACCCCCCUGCCUGCAAAUACAAACAUUACAUGCAAACACAUUCCUGUAUUAAAACGCUAAAAUUAUAUACAAACACCAACUCUACACACAAAAGUACACCUGCAUUUAAAAGCCAACACUACAAACAAUCACACAUCCCUGCAUUAAAAUGCAAACACUACACACAAGUACACCACUGCAUUCCAAUGGUAACAGUACAUACAAAUACACUCCUACAUGCACACAUACACUCUAUAUAAUAACAUGCUGACAUUCAUUUGCACAAACACUGCUCAAAAAUACAACCCUGCAAGGAUGGUAGAUCCCCAGCUGGCAUAGCAUUGCAGGAGUUGUAUGACAGAUGGGGAUCUAUCUUUUCUUUACUCUUGUGCUACAGGGCAGGCCUGAAUUUUUUUUUGUUGCACCAAGGCACUCUCUACAUUAGUUUCGCCUCUAGGUUGGGGUGGAGGGAGUGAUUGCAUGCCCAGGGGGCCCAAACAGAUGCUUGCCCAGGGUCCAAUCAAUAUUAAAGACGGCCCUGGCUGCACUACUAACUCUGCAGGCUGCCUUCCGGCUGAAUGCAACUCUCUGGCAAUGCUCCCUCCUGGCCAGAGACCAGAAGGGUGCAUUCAGCCACAGGGCAGAUUUCACAGGCAUCCCUUCAGACCACCAAGAAAACUGCUGUGUGGGGGUGGCUGGGGCUGGCCACAAUUAAGGGAGGGGCAGAGCUAAAUAGGCAGCAAGGCAGAACUAAAGGGCAGCGGGGGCGGUGCUAAAUGCAGGGCCGUCUAUAAUAUGAAUAGGACCCCGGGCAAAGCCUUUUCUUGGGCCCCCUGGGCCCUGUCACUGCACCCUCCCUCCCCAUUAUGCCCAACCCGCAAUCACACUGACAGACAUACUGACACAUACACACACAGACAGACACAUUAAAACAUUCGCAGAUACAUACUAACACACAUACACUGACACAAAAAUAUAUACUGGCAAACAUUGACACACAUUCAAACAUACUGAUACACACACAGACACAUACAUACUCACGGACACAUAGACUGACAGAUAUAUUGACACAUACACUGACAGGCGUAUUGACAUACACAGACAUACUGACAUACACACAAACACACUGGAACACAGUGAGACAUACUGACAUACACACACAGGCAUACUGACAUACAAACAUACACACAGUAUGUCUGUGUGUGUUAGUAUGUCUGUGUGGUGUGUUAGUAUGUCUGUGUGUGUAUGUCAGUAUGUCUGUGUAUGUCAGCAUGUCUGUGUGUGUUAGUAUGUGUGUGUGUGUAUGUCAGUAUGUUUGUGUGUGUAUAUGUCUGUGUGUGUGUAUGUCAGUAUGUGCGUGUGUGUAUGUCAGUGUGUGUGUAUGUCUGUGUGUAUGUGUCAGUAUGUCUAUGUGUGUGUGUAUGUCAGUGUGUCUGUGUGUGUAUGUCAGUAUGUCUGUCAUAGACACACACAGACAUACUGACAUACAUACACAAACAGACAUACUGACACAGACAUACUAACACACACACAUACUAUCACACAAACACAUACUAACACACUAACACACACACAGACACAGACAUACUAACACACACACAUACUAAAACACACACACAGACAUACUAACACACACACACACACAUACUAACACACACACAUACAGACAUACUAACACACACAAACAGACAUACUAACACACACAGGCAUACUAACACACACAGGCAUACUAACACACACACAGGCAUACUAACACACACACACACAGACAUACUAACACACAAACACAGACACACACACAGACAUACUAACACACAAACACAGACAUACUAACACACACAGACAUACUAACACACACACACAUACUAACACACACACACAUACUAACACACACACACAGACAUACUAACACACACAGACAUACUAACACACACACAUACUGACAUACAUUUAGCCACCCUCCAGGUUCUUACCUUUUUAUGGAGGGUGGUUUCCCUGGGGUCCAGUGGCAUGCUGAGGCAGAUGGGAGUUCUUCUCUGGAACUCCCCUCCUCCCUGCCUUCCUCCUCCCGCGCGGCUAUCUCCGGUGGGAGGAAGUGACACGUGGUACUCACUUCCUCCCAGCCGGUACAGGAAGGGGCCCGGUCGCGCUGUUUAAGCGUCACAGCGCCCGACCGGGCCCCUUCUGCCACAUGCACACAGGGUGGCCCUUAGUGCAUGGGCCACCCGGGGGCCUCCUUAGUUGGCGGGCCGGUGCGGCUGCACCGACGGCCGCCGGGUACAUGGGGGCUGCUGAAAUGGCGGGGCCCACGGGGCAGCUGCUCUGGGGCCCCCCAGGAGCAACUGGGCCCGUGGCAGCUGCCCCGGUUGCCCUGCGCUAAACACAGCCCUGGCUAAAUGCAGCCUGAACAUGGUGCCUAGUUACUGUUGCACCAUGAGGGGGAAGCAGGAAGGAGUUCUUGGGUCCUCAACCACUAGACACCAGGGAUUGCAGUGCCUCCACUCCCUACCCCAGUGCCCGUAAUGGAAAGAGGUAACUGCCUGUAAAUGUGAGUGUAUGUGUGUGACUAUCUGUCUGUAACUGUGUGUGUAUACACAAUAAAAAGGGCAAGUACUCCUCUAUUUAAAGCUUGGGUGCAAAAUUUCAAGGUUUCAUUCCAGUCACCUGACUUAUAGUAGAAAUACAACACAAAACUGCAACACCAAAGGUAAAUUGAAAGAGAUUUAUUCCAAAUAGGCAACAUUUCGAUCCAAUCUCUUUGUCAAGCAUGAUGCCUUCGUCAAGGCUUGAGAAAGGCCUUGAGGUUGUUUUGGAACUUUGCUGGUUCCACACAGAUGGAAUAAAAUUGUCACUUUUUGUGUGACUGUCUCCCUGUGACUGCGUGUGUGACUGUCUGCCUGUAACUGCAUGUGUGAGAUUGUCUGCCUGUAACUGUGUGUAUACUGCCUGUAACUGUGUUUGACUGUCUGCCUGUGGCUGUGUGUGUUGCUGUCUGCCUGUAACUGUGUUUGUGACUGUCUGCCUGUACCUGUGUGUGUGAUUGUCCAGCUGUGUGUGACUGCCUGUGACUGUGUGUGUGACUCUGCCUGUGAUUGUCAGUGUUUGUGACUGUAUGCCUCUAACUGUGUGUGGCAGUCUGCCUUGACUGUUUGUGACUGCCUCUACCUGUGGGUGUCACUGUAUGCGUAUGACUGAUUGCCUGCAACUGAGUGUGACUAUCUGCAUGUGACUGUGUGUGCUGCUUGGGACUGUGUGCAUGUGGCUGUAUUUGACAGUGUAUAACAGUAUGCAUCUGAUUGUAGGAUUGUGUACAUGUGACACUGCAAAAAUAAACUGCUGCAUUCACACAUGGGCCUACAUGUAUUUUUUUUUUAAAUCUUAAUUAAAUACUCAUCACAUACAUACAGACAAACAGACAGACAAACACACACAUACAAACAAACACACACACAAACAUACAUACAGACAGACACACACACAUCCAUAUAAACACACAUAUACACAUACAUACAUAUAGAUACAUACAUACAAACACACACACACACACAUACACAGACAGACAUAAACACACACAUACAUACAGACACACAUAGAGAGAAACAUUCAUACAGACACACAUACAUACAAACACACACAUAUAUAGACACAUACAAAAUGUUUUAGUCACCCUCCUUUUUCCUACGUUUUUGGUGUAGGAGGGUGACUUUCCCUGGGGUCCAGUGGCUCAGCCUGAUGGGAGUCAGAGUUCCCACUCUGACUCCCUUCUUUCCUCCCUCGUCUCACGCGGCUCCCGGUGGUGGCUGGGUGGAAGUGACUUCCCAGCGUCUGACAUCAUCACAGGGGGCCCAGUCGCGCUGUUAACGUGCCGCAACGCUAACCGGGCCCCCUGGAAAUACAUUGCCAUCGUGCGGCCCCAGCGGUUAUACCAAGUUCAGUGGUCCGCAGAAGCCCCACAAAAGCAGAAGAGAUACAACUGAUGCAGCCUUCUCCCACUUUCUACAAAUAUUUUCACAUCGAUGAAGCGGAGAAACCUUACAGUUUAUAUUAUAGUUUUUGCAAGUAAUAUGUCAGCUCAUCACAACUCACUAUUUAGUAAAUAGAGCUUUCUGUGUUUUUAUAUGUCUUAUAUCUUAGUUCUAUGUAGAACAGAUAUUAGGUUGCUUAAAGGUAUCCUGCUUUCUUUUAGGGAGGUCAAUUCAGGUGGAUUCAGUUGAUCAUAUUCAUUGGUUCCUACUUGUCAUAUUUUGGAUUGGUAAGUUUUAGGCACGUAGAAUUCGCUUGGUCGAAUUGGCUGUAUGCAAUUUUAAAAUAUGUUGUUUUUUUUUUUAAUUUUUAUUUUGUACGUAUAAGACUACGAUAGUGAUUGACUCUCUGAUUGGACUGUAUUAUGAAUGCUGCUGUGAUCCAAAGUCAUCUCAGAAGUACUAUGAUGAUACAAAGUAUGAAAAAGUCUCUGGGCCCUGCAUUAUUACGGUAAGAUCUCUUUAUAAAUGGGUAUGGUAUCAAAGGGUUACUUAAAUCAUCAUGACCACUUCUGCUUUUUGAAGUAUAAAUGGUGCUAGGAGUCAUAACUUGAGAAAACGGCUAGUUGCACCCUCCAGCACCCAUGACUUAGGCAGUCCAGAACUGCGGGCUGCCAAAUGUAAAUUUUGUGCAUAAUAUACAUUCAGCAUCUUUCCACAGCACACUGGCAACGAAAGUAUAUAGCCUGGAUAUCCCCUCCUUUCCUCUCACUUCUUGUGUUUAUCCCUCCCCGCCUACCCAUUGAACGCGUUUUUUUUUAAAUUCUCUCUUCCCUUCCUCCCUGAUAGGGAGGGAGGGGAACCAAAGAAUAAUGCCAAGUAGGACAUUAUUUGAUUUAAAAAAAGCAUUUUAAAACAUAUCUCAACGGGAUCCCUCUCCCCUCACUAAAAGACAAAGCUAUAGAAAGGCUCUCUACCCCAAUCACAGAAUUAGCAAACACGUUAAAAACACAUAAACCCAAUAAAUGUCCAGGUCCAGACGGCUUUUUCGGGCUUUAUCCAACAUCCUAAUACCCCACCUCACCACAUUCUGUAAUUCACUCCUCAAGGGAGAUCUCCUACCAAAAGAAAUGCUCAGAGCAAAUAUCUGCCUUAUCCCCAAACCAAACAAAUCACAGUUAGACCCCGGACGCUUCUGUCACGGUGCACCCUGAGCCCUGCAGACAGCAAGGCGUGGCCGCCCCUUUAAUGUAAGGGGCUGGAUCCUGGCUGGAUUUGAACUCACAGCUCCAGCAUCCCAGUCAGGUUCUCUACCAUGCUGUCGACUAGGGGGCUUCAGUAUCUGUCUGCAUUAUUCUGCUUACUGACUCCUUGCCUGGAUGGAGCAGUGCUGAUCCACCUGCAGCCCCUUACCAAUUAGGGUCAGCUGCUCCUAAUCAGCAGGCUGUAAAGCCAGCUCUACCUGAGGCCUGGUAUCUAGUCAUUUUGUUUGCUUGGUGUUUCCUGACGGAUCUUUGUUACCCUGCUGACUAAUUUCCUAGACUCUAACCUCUGCCUGCCUUACUGACUACGAUACUCCACUGCCAGCCCUGACUUCUGCUUCUCAUCUGACCCUGCCUUUGGAUUACCCCUUUAUCUGUACUGUGUUUUUGGUUUUUGCCUCCACUUUGUGCCAUCUCCUGCACCUGGGCUCCAACUCCUGGUAAACUGUUACAACUUCCGACACAUAUCGCGCCUCAACUAAACCAUUCACAAAACUACUAGCCAACCCUUUCUUGCAAAACUCAUUCAUCCCCAUCUGGUAGGCUUCAUCCCUACACACCAAGCAUGUGAUAACACCAGGCGCACACUUGACCUGAGCUGGGUCCCCCCAAACAUAGACAGAUACCAACUCUCCUCCUCUCAAUGGAUGCUGAAAAGGCAUUUGACUGCUUACUCUGGUCUUUUCUCUUUGCCACCCUGUGAAAAUUCCACCUUCCAGAACCCGUCAUAGCAGCCCUAAAAUCCCUCUAUAACCAACCAACAACUACCCUUCUCAUCCUCAACAUGUAACACCCCAGAGACUAAAUGACUAACAAUUAGAAAUGACAAAUACAAAACCGCAGCCUACGCCGAUGAUAUUCUUCUAACCGUUACCAACCCAUGCCAAUCCAUUACCAACCCAGCUCCUCUACUUGAGCUCUUAAAAGAAUACUCUACCCUAUCCAGGUACAAACUAAAUCUGGAUAAAAUGGAAGCCCACCCAAUUGGUAUCCCACAACUAUCUCUAAACCACCUCCACACAACCUAUCCUUUCAAAUUCAACACACACAGCAUCCACUAUCUUGGAACACUCCUUCCCAUAGACCUCUCUAUAACAUAUAGCCUAAACUACACACCGUUGCUCCAACAGGCACAUGAUGAUCUGCUGACCUGCAUGUCCAUAUCCUGGCUAGGCAGAAUAACCACUAUAAAAAUUGAUCUCCUCCGUUUCCUCUACUUGUUCCAAGCCCUCCCUAUCCCUAUCUCGAAGCUCUAUUUCAAAACACUUCAAACAAAAAUAGACAACUUCAUCUGGUCUGGUAAAAAGCCAAGGAUCAAGAGGUCUACAGUGUAUAUCACCACUAGAGCAGGGCCUCCCGAACUUCUACCACUAUUUUCAAGCUGCCCAACUAGUGCAAAUCCAGAACCUGCACGGACAACCAGGCAUAAAUCUGUGGGUAGAUCUUGAACAUUAACUUUUAGGCAGGGACCUCCCCUCACUCAUUUUCUGGCUCCCCAAAACAGACAGACUGAACAUCCCACUAACGACCCCAACCCUAACUAUAUAUCUCCAAACAUGGGACAGACUUCUCCCACGCCACCAACUAGUAAAUGUAGCUUCUCCACUCACACCAGUCUUGAGAAACAGACAAUUCCCCCAGAAAUGACACCCCAAAACUUUGCGCACUUCGAAGACAAUGGGCUACUAAGACUCCUUCACUUCUUUCAUAACCAACAACUCUUACAAUUCCCAGAUCUCCCAAGAAAAGUACAACUAAACACCUUCGAUCACUUUCCAUACCUGCAACUACGCAACUUCCUCAGCGAACCAAAGUCAUUGCCAGGGCAAAUGCCAGACUCACGCAAUAUAAAAAAGCAAGCCUACACGCACCCAUUCAUAAGGGACAGAUAUCCACGAUAUACUCGCUUUUUCCAGUAUCACUGAAAUACCAAUGUACCUCUUGCUGCUAGGCUUAUGCACAAGCCCCAAUAAUGCUUUCAAGCUGUAAUGUCUGUCAAAGCAAAAAUAAAGAAUUAUAAAAAAAAAAGCAAGCCUACACGCACCCAUUCAUAAGGGACAGAUAUCCACGAUAUACUCCCUCUUGAAUUCGAACUCCCCAGCAGACGCCCUCUCAUAUACAUUGGCAUGGGAAAGAGACAUAGGCCCUCCAGAAAACCCCUCUGACUGGGCAAUUGUGUGGUAAGCAUCGCUCAUUAUAUUAUUUAGUUAUAAAAUAUUUUACCAGGAGAGAUACAAUGAGAUUUCUCUCGUUUUCAAGUAUGUCCUGGGUCCACAAAACAUUGCAUUGAUACAAUAGGGUGCAAUAAAAUACAAAAACAAUAUUAAUGGCGCUGGGGAACUCUCCUCCAUCUUUUGACGCCCGCGCUUAAUGAGCAUGCGCGGCAAGAGAAGCGCGAGCAUUCAAACAGUCCAUAGGAAAGCAUUUCUCAAUGCUUUCCUAUGGACGUCAGUGUCUUCUCACUGUGAUUUUCACUGUGAGAAGCGCCUCUAGCGGCUGUCAAUGAGACAGCCACUAGAUGCUGGAUUAACCCUAGUUUCUCUGAAACUGCUAUGUUUACAGCUGCAGGGUUAACACUAGAUGGACCUGGCACCCAGACCACUUCAAUGAGCUGAAGUGGUCUGGGUGCCUAUAGUGGUGCUUUAAUACAGAGGCAUUAUAAUAAUGUUGAUGCUGGUAAGGUAUACUAUGCCUUUACCUACACUAUAAACCUUUAAUAUAGUGAGUAAAACCAAAAUAUAAACUGAUUAAAAAAUAUCAACAGCAAAAAAAUCAAAAGUGUAAAUGACUGUGUAUAUAUAUAUAUGUAUAUAUAUAUAUAUAAAAAAUAUUUAGCUGAUAAACCCCUAUGUGCAAGGGUGAAACAAUAUAAAGUGCAGUAAUUCAAUUAGUGAUAAUGAUCACUCUAAGACCUUAAUAUAAGUAGGGACACUAUAGUGCUAGGGAUACAGAUUUGUAACACCAUAGUCUUCUUUUAAGGGGCACUAUAGUCACUAGCACUACUACAGCUUAUUGUACUGGUUCUGGUGCCUAUAGCCUGUCCCUGCAGGCUUUUUAAUGUAAACACUGCCUUUUCACUCAGACUGCCACUAGAGGUGCUACCUCCAUUCUGCAUCUUCAUGCUCUGCAUGGAGUCGCUGAAGGUUCCCCAUAGAGGUGCAUUGAUUCUUCUAUGAAGAUAUGCUGAUUGGUGCAGUGUGGCGUUUUUGCCACGCAUGUGCAAUAGGUUACUAUAGGAAAUCAUUGAAUUGGCUGAGAGAAUCAAGUUUAAUGAUCUCAGCCCUGGAGGCAGAGUAAAAACACCCUUUUAUUGUACAAAGGGGGAUCCGGGCAUCUAAAUAGUUCGUUUAACACCAUAGUGUGAGGAAUACAUGUUUGCAAGGAUUUUGGGGUACACAGGUGAAGAUGAUUUUGGAACCCCCUUCUCCCCCCCCAAAAGCAUCUUCACCUGUGUGCCUCUUAACCCGCCUUUUGUUUCUUAACCCCUUUUUUAAUGGUCUUACCCCCUUUAGUGUCUUAUCCCCUAUUUUUCCCCAUUGUGUCUUACACCUUAUGUAUCUCUUACUAACCCCCUUGUGUGUCUUACUCCCACUAGCCUCUUUGUUUGUAUCCUUCUCUCCCAGUCCCUUUAUGUCUUUUACUCUUACCAGCUCCUUUGUGUAUUUCUCUUUCACCACCAGCCCGUCUAUCUCCUCCAGCCCCUCUGUGUCUGUUUCCUCUUCUCCAACCCCUCUGUGUCUCUUUCACCCCCAGCCCCUUUGUAUUUCCACUCACAGGCCCUUCUGUGUGGCGCUUUCAUCCCCAGCCACUCUGUGGACUUUCUCACUCCCAGGCCCAUCUGUAUGUCUUUCUCCUCCCUCAUGUCCCUCUAUGUGUCUUUCUCCCCACUCAGGCUCCCCUCUGUGCCACUCUCCCCUCCAUGUCCCUUAGUGUUCCUCUCUCCCCCCCCCACUCCAUGUCCAUUAGUGGUUCUCUCCCCUCGAUGUCCCUUAAUGUUCCUCUCCUCCCUUCCCUGUCCCUUAGUGUUACUCUCCCUUCCCUGUCCCUUAGUGUUCCUCUUCCCUCCCACUUACCGGUCUCUUGAUGCCCCCCAUUCCCCAUAAUUUUCCUCCCACCCCACCAUCUUAAUAUUCCUCACCCUUCUCUUUUAGUGGUCCCCCCACUACUCCAGUGUUCAUUUCCCCUCCCCUGUACCUUAGUGCCCCCCUUAAUGUUCCUCUCUCCCCCCUCCUGUUUCUUUACCCUCCCUCUUUUUUAGUGUUCUUCCCCCCUCCCCUGUCCCAUAGUGUUCUUUCCCCCAAUCCCCUGUCCCAUAGUGUUCUUUCCCCCCCCUUCUAUCCGUCCCCUCCCCCCAGCGUUCUCCCCGUCCCAUGGCGUUCUUUCCCCCUCCAUGUUCCCCUCCCCUGUCCGUUCUUUCCCCCUCCUGUCCCAUGGCGUUCUUCCCCUCCUGUCCCAUGGCGUUCUUCCCCUGUCCCAUAGCGUUCUUCCCCUUCCAUGUGUUCUUUGUGUUCCUUUCCCCCCAUGAGUGUUCCUUUCCCCAUGGUUUUCUUCCCCCAUAGUUUUCCUUCUCCCCCCAUAGUUUUCCUUCUCCCUUCCAUAGUUUUCCUUCCUUCCUCCCAAAGUUUUCCUUCUCCCCCCAUAGUGCUCCUUCUCCCUCCUCCAUAGCAUUCCUUCUCCCCAUAGCAUUCCUUCUCCCCCCUCCCAUAGUUUUACUCCCCCCCCCUUAGUUUCCUUCUCUCUCCCCAGUGUGUCUUCUACCUUGUAGCAUGGCCGAGCGGAGCAGACUGCGGUACAGGAGCUUCAGUUUCCUGUACCCGGUCGGACUGACAGGAAGUGCUCUCUCAGUAAGUACUUCCUUUCAGUCUGGCCAGGUACAGGAAUCAGAAGUUCCUGCGCACUGCUCCGCUCGGCCAUGCUACACAGAGUGCUCAGCAGGAGGGAGCGCUGUGCUCCCACCUCCUGCCGGCCACUCCAUCCUAUCGCCCCCCAGGGCCGGUGCGCCCUAAGGUGGCCGCUUGUUCCGCCUUAUGGACGCAUCGGCCCUGCAUGUCUGUGUUCCUUACACUAUAGAGUUCUUUUAAUCUGAAUUCAUUUGAAUUCUCAUUUUAAUGAAUAAGACUGCUAAAUUCACAAAAUGUUCUACUAAUCCACAAACAAUAUAUAUGUUUGUGUUUUUAUUUUUAUUUUUAUUUUUUUUAUGUCUAUAGUAAACACAUUCACAUAUUCAUUGAUAGUAUCUGUUAUUUCUGUCUUUCAAAGUCUUGUAAAAUGCUCAGAUUUGUAUCAUUUGUGGACCAAGAUGAUAUUAUCAUGGUGGAUAAACCAUUACAUAAAAGUUUACAAAAGACCAAAGGCAAACCUAUCAAGGUAAGUGUAAUAAUUUUGAAAAUGCCAAUAAAAUAUUGAUUAUAUAAAGAUAAAGCUUAUAGAUUUAUAUCACACUAAGCUGUCUCACAACUCUGCUUCUCAAUCUGUUCCAAGUACUGAAAUGUAUAUAUAACUAGACUGCUGAUGUUAGUAUCCUUGCUGACCUGCAAUGUGAGUGAAUCCAUAUUGAGAAACAGUUGAGGCCAAAUGUAGCCUCUCACUAUACACUAUACUGCUAGAAAAGAAAAACAAAUCACUGUUUAGUACAUAUACCCUUAUGGAAACUGCAGGCAUUUAAUUAUGAAGUUUUUUCAAUUCUGGUUAUAGCUAAAAACAGAUUGCAAAAGCUGCAGAUUUCUUGUCUGCAGCCUUUGCAAAUUCCUCUACCUACCCCCUUCUUCAAAUCUUCCGUGGCUGUCCAAUCACCGACUUCCCAAUGAGAUGUCUAUACAAGACAGGUGCUUUGAGCAAUUGCUGCCUCUUGAGUUUAGCUUCAAUGAGCUAACCAAACCUGGAAGAAACAAGAUUAAUUUACAAAACUGGCAAUUUUCAUUGAAAUCUGUACUUUUUGGAAAAUGAUAAACAAUGGCGUGCCCCUUUAAUGUUUCCAUUGGCAGUUUCCACAAAUUAAUAAAUAUACAUGACAUUGGGCCCGAACUUCAAUGUGUGUGGAUACACUAAAACAUAACACUGCUAGUUUAGUGAGCUUAACCCCUUCCCGUUCGCAGAAGUACUGGGUACUUCCGACAAAAAACGGUUGUUAAUGAACGCAGACGUACCCAGUAUGUCCGCGGCAAAAAUUACCCCUGUACUCACCUGGACCAGCGAAUCCAGUCGGUGGCGGGGGGGAUGGACUGCCCGAGACCCCUGCAGCAGCUCUGACCUCUCCAGCACUCCAGGGCCAUGUGAUCACCAUGAUCACAUGGCCCCAACAGGAGUCUAAUAGGAAUUUAUGGAGCUGCCAGCAGGGGGGCUGUCUGAGCUGUCAGGCAGUCCCCCAUGCACCUAAAAGUGUAAAAAAUAAAUAAAUACAACAGUUUUUAUUGAGGCAAUUUGUUUCAGUAUACAAUGUAUACAGGCAUAAAUUAGACUGUCAUAGUCUCAUUUAUAGAACAUAUUGUGAAACUAAAAUCCACAACCGUGCCUUCCUCGAACACGCUGUCCCUGCACCUCCUUACUGUGCAGCAAUAUGUAUGUACUUUUAAUUUUAUUUUUCACGCAUCACAAAUACUUAUUUGUUAAAGAUGAGAGAAAGUAAACUUAAUAUUAAAAAUACUGAGACGUGACAGUUCCUCUUUGAAAUUGUUUUCUUCUUAUCCAAGUAAUGAUCUUUUUAUCUUUGAAAAUGUUACACGCGCCUCUUUUUUUUUUUUUUAAAUACAACCGUUUUUAUUGAGGCAAUUUGUUUCAGUAUACAAUGUAUACAGACAGAUAUGUUGGAAGCAUAAAUUAGACUGUCAUAGUCUCAUUUAUAGAACAUAUUGUGAAACUAAAAUCCACAACCGCGCCUCCCUCAAACACGCUGUCCCUGCACCUCCUUACUGUGCAGCAAUAUGUAAUAACAUUUCAUGUUUCAUUUUGUAUUCCCUGCUCUGAGUGGAGAAAUCUUUUGAUCGAGCAAAGUCAAAAUAGUAAGACCGAUUUCCAUAAAAUAUAAAUAUUUGUUUCAAAUUUAUAUACAAAAUCAAAAUAUACACAACGUGUUAAUUAAAGCGCUUUAUUAUCCAUAAGGUGCACCAAACAUAAAUACUAAUAAAAAUAGAAUACUGUAAAAAGUUCUUACAAUAUGGGUAGUAAGUCCUUAUGGUGUGUAAACCGCGUUUCCUCAGUUGCUAUGAUGUGGUCUGUGGUCUGUUCUUCUUUUAAAUUGUUAUGUUUGCCAUUUUCAGGUGUCUUGCGUUUUAGUUAAUUUACUUCCUGUUCCAGUUUUGCGUUCCAUUAUUGCAAUGCGGUGUCUAUUUGCGUCUGACGUACUUCCGGUUUCUUUUGUUGGUGUUGGAACGCAACCCUUUGCUCCACUGUGAUUACUUCCUCUUCCUGAACUUUGUAUGGGCAUUUUCUUCUAUUUGGAAUGCAUGGAUGCGUUCCACCACUCUAUUUGUGAUUCUAUGUCCUUAAAUGGUCCGUAAAGAUGCUUGGCAGUAUAUACAAAGAGGGGAAAAAAAUAAAAAAAAUAAAAAGGGGGAACAAUAUAUUAAAAAGGGAAGAUAAACCUCAUAAAAGGAAGAGGGGAAGAUAUUUGAUUUAAUAAAAUGCAUUCAUAAUGGGAUAAUACAUAGAAGUACAUAGGUUAAACGAAAUAUAUACAUAAAAUAGAGCAUGUAAAACAUAUAAAUAUGAUAUCAUACUUGAUAUAGAGCAGAUUAAAUUGAUGUUAAAAUAACACUCAGUAAAAUCUUAUAAGAUAUUGAAUACUUAAGUAAAAGUACCUGCAAUGUUUCUAUCUUUCUCUUAGUAUCUCAUAUAUCGUAAUGUAUCUAAUAAAUGCAUUCUAGGAAUUUCUUUAAAAUAAUAAAAUAACUUUAAAAAAAUUAUAAAAAUAAAUAAAUAUGUAGUGUCUAUUUAGAACCGUGAAUACUGUAUUAUUUUUAAAAUGGCACGGAGAGGGGACCUGCAGUGCCAGGAAAACGGUUUGUUUUCCUGGCACUGGAGAGUCCCUUUAAGCCCCCCAAAAAACAGACAAUUUUUUUACAAAACCUGACAGGAUUUUAGGGAUGUGGCUCAUGCCUUCCAUGUAGAGAAACUAAAAGCAAUAGAAGGCAUUUAGUGGACAUAGGAAAUAUCAUCAAAAAAACAUAUAUUAUAAAAGACCAACUGACGUGCCAUUCCAAAAAUUUGCAUCUGUGAUUAAUUUUUGGGGGGUCAACCUAUCAUCCUAAGAAUUCUAGCAGUCAGAGUACAGAUUUAAUUAAUUUUAAAAAAAGAGCGAUUUUGUUCCCCUUCUCUGCAAUUCUCAUUACCUACUUUCUCAGAAAUUACAAGGUAUCUUCUUGACAAAAGAAAUAUCAUAAGAGGCAAGUCUCAUACUGUUUAAACAUGUCAGUGAUUUUACGUCUGUUUCAUGUCUUAGACACAGUAAUUUAUGUAUUCCUAUAACGAAACGAAAUAAUUUGAGGCUGUCAAGUUAUUGCAAAGUUUAGCUGAGGGGCCAAGCAUCCAUUAAAAACAGGUUGUAUAAAUUACAUCCUUAUCUUUAUUAUUAAAGAAACACUAUAGUGUCAGGAAUACAAACUUCUACUCCCCACUGAUGUGGCUGUAUAGGUAUAGGUUUUUGCAGUAAAAACAUGAUUUUACUUACCCUUUCUCCCCACAACUGGCUGAGAUCAUUUAUCUUGAUGUUGUCAGCCAAUGAAAUGCUUUUACAUAGUAUAUCAUUAUGAGACUAUUGCACAUGAGGGGCAAAACAAUGCACUGUGCCAAUUAGCAUCUCCUCAUGAAGAUGCAUUUAAUCAAUGCAUCUCUAUGGGGAACAUUCAGCAGCUCAAUGCAGAGCUUGGAGACGCUAAACAUAGGUGCUGCACACUGUGCAGCACUGCACUAGGAAGCAACUUCAGUGGCCAUUUGAGUGACUGCCACUAGAGGUGUUACUAGGUACCAAUGAAAAGGCAGUGUUUACAGUGCUAACACUGCAGAGACAGGCGAUAGACACCAGGAGAACUACAUUAAGUUGAAGUGAAUAUAGUGUCCCUUGAGGAUGUUACUUUCACCAUCAGGACCGAGUCUAUGAAUACAAUGAUGAUUAAUAUUUAGUAAAGCACGCAGCAGAGAUCAGCAUUUAGCUAGAAAUAAGUCAGAAAAAACAUGUUUAAAAAAAAAUUUUUUUUUUGCCAUGCAGGGUAAUACAAAGACAAUAAAGAAAACAAACCCAGUGUUGGCAUCUGAAUAUUCAAUGUAUAAUAGCCAAACUCAGUGCCUGAGUUUGGCUAUUUCACAUAUAAUAUUGAAAUGCCAUAUUUUGUCAAUAUUACACUUUUGUUGUGUAUUUCCCCUUGUCUUUUCAUAUUUCAACCCCUUACGCUGUUUGAGGGGUAAGUGUUCAUAUAUCCUAUAGUGCUGUACUCUCACUCAGAUGUUUUAGGUGGUGGGUCAUAUCACCUAAACACUGGGUUUGUUUUCUUUAUUGUUUUGUUUAAUAUUUGGAUUUUUUGGAGUGCCCAAUUGAGUGUUUUUCAGCAGCUUUGUUUUAUUACUGCUACUAUUAAGCACCUUGUUAUCACAUUUAUUGUUGUUUUUUUAACAAAUUUUUUAAUACAAACAUAUAAUCUUAAUACGUCAAGGCAUCAAUAGGAAAUACACAUCAGAAUCAUUACAAGAUAUUUUGAUAAACUGCACAAUUUUACAAUAUAAUGUAGUCAAACAAAUGUGAGUCAGGCUAAACACAUGAGAAAAUAAUUUGUAAGAUAGGUAACUGACUGCACCAAGAGUAGCACAUAAGGAUAAGACCACCGGAUAAUUUAGUGACUGGGCUCAAGAUGGUUGUCAUGUCAGAUGAAAUAACAAUACCAAAGAGCACAAAGAAAGAAAAUUUAAGUAAACAAACCUCAACUAGAUAGGAACAUUGUUAUCUGCAAGAGAUCAUAUGCUGUAGCCUAAGUACACUGAUGUGUCUAGUAUCCCCAUGAAUGUAGGCCCAUCAUUGUACCCAUAAUGAUGAGGCAAACUCCAUGCAGAUGGACAGGUAACACUGAGCAUCCAAGUAUGCCGUGUCGUGCAGAAUUUCUCCAGCCCAAAGCUCUAACAGGAACCAGUACCCAUUGUCCAAAGGCUUCUCUCCACUCCAUCAGGGAGAAGCCUUGAGAUCCUGUGGUUGUGGUUUCACCCAGGUACAUGGACUGUGCUUGGCUACACAAACCUUCUUGGUGCCCUGUCUAGGAUUGAGUUUCUGGACUGAAGCUCUUGUAUUACACUGAGGCACAGUAGUAGGCAGUGCUGUAGGCAGCGUAGCUUGUCUCCGUCACUCCUGCAGGUUCGUAACCUCCAGCAGAUGGAGUCGCAUGUCCCCUGAUUGGCAGGUAAGGUGGGGGUGUGAGGUUAACAGCUGAUUCUGUGCCAAAACGCUUGGUAGAUCUUGUAGAAUUUUUUGUCGAAAGCUUCUUUCCACGUCUGGCUUUUCAGACCUGCUUGUAUUCACCGAGGCUCUGGCGGGCAUCCAUCUUAGGUGCACGACACAGUCUCAAAAUCUGCGGAACCUGGCUCCAAAACUGCAAAGAUGCAGGAAAAUAAAGUGGGGACCGGGCUAUCACCUCCCAAAGGGGGGGCUGCUAUUAAGCCACUGCGAGAUGUGUGUCUAGAGUCAAAAGAUUGGCUGCCUCCCAAGCCCUCGGAUGACCGGCCCGUUAGGCCUCAGCGUCAGAUGAGGCAAGUAUUCACUUUAGAAGAUUAUGUGUGUUCAUGACUGAAGCCAUUUUUUCAGUAUAUGAACUGUUAUUUCACAUUUGCUUUUUAAAUGCUCAUAUAUAUAUAUAUAUAUAUAUAGUUUAUUUAAUAAUACAGAUAUUAUAUUCUAAAUAAAUAUUUUAGUGUUAAUAUAAAAAUAUUCUAUUGAUUGUCUCCCUUCUUUAUUACAAUACAAUUACAUAUCACAACCUAAAACCCUAAGGCUUCUUACUGUAACUAGAACUAAAUGUGCAAUUGCCAAUAAAGAAAUUUUGUGUUCACAAACCAAAGUGCAUUCAGUGCAAAUCAAGUAGUAACAGAAAAGAAACUUCCCUGUACCAGGAGAAGCUUCAAGGGUACCCCAAAGACUUCCUCUUGUCUUCCACAAUAUGUAUACAAAAAUAGGGGAGUAUCGGCUAAACCAACAGAAAGCCAAACAUAGCGUAUAACUGUGUGGAGAUCAUAUACUCAAAAGAGAAAUAAAGUUGUAGUGCAAGUACAGUGGAUAAUAAAAAACACAUUUAUUGACUUACAUAUAGGUUUAAAAUGACGUAUGUAAUAACUACUCAUUUCGUCCAUUACGCGUUUCGACUUUACACUGUCAGUGUAAAGUCCCUGAGGAAGUCCCUAGCACAGACGAAACACGUAGGUCGCCUAUUGGUGACUCUGAAUUAUAUGAUCUCCAGCCAACACAUGAUGAUUUGAAAGCAUCCAUAAGACUAAACCCUUUGUGGGAAAUUAAAUACAAGGCAUUUUUCCCUCACUGAAAUUGUGAGUGACCACUUCUGAUUGUACUGUUUGGCACAUUAUCCACACAGUUAUACGAUUUGUUGUUUUGCUUUCUGUUGGUUUAGCAGAGAUUCCCCUAUUUUUGUAUACAUGAACUAGAACUAGUAUGAUGUCUAGCUGGCUAUUUUAAAUCUAUUCUUAACUGUAAACUGUUUGCAUGUCUGGAUUAGAAUAAAGAAAGUUUGGGGAAUUUGUUUCCAACAUAACUAUGUCAAGUCAUGGGUUUUAUAAAGUUGGUAUCUAUAGAAUAUAGAAUGCACACCAUAACAAUCUCAAAAAACUUAGUUUUAUUAUGUACAAAAAGUACCAAAAUGAAAACAUACAAUAAAAAUAAACACAAUGACAGAAGCAAAUACAAUAAAGAAAUGGUAAAAUACCAAAAAGAUUCUUACAAGCCACUAGGCAGAAACACGAGUCACCAAACCCUCCAACGUUUCGGCACCAACUGGCUGCCUUUAUCAAGGGUACCUGUAUCCAUGUUCAUAUGUGCCUGCUUAUAAAGCCCUCUUACAGCUGAUGGCCAUCAGCAUAAGGUUGUUACCAACUCCGGAAGUUACAUCAUCACUUCACGUGCUGGCACAAUAUUUUAACAGUAACAUAGUAAUAUCAUAUAAGAAUCAAUUGUGUGCACUAAAGACAUUCACAGAGCAAAGAAAGUCAUAUAACCUAAAUGAUAAAUAUUACUGCUCUGAUAACGAACCUCUAGUACAUAUACAAACCGUAAAUAUGCUCACACUGUAUCAGGCGUCUAUAAUCGCCAUUUUACUCACUGGCAAGCGAACGCCUUUAACAAUACACCCCACAAGCGUCAUAGUCGCGCGCAACAAUAGCCCGCGCAUGCGUACUACAAUAAGUGCUGCGCACGCGCGCAGCAACGUCUCAUUCGCGCAUGUGCAUAACAGCAAACCAUUCGCGCAGGCGAAACGCUUCUACUAAGCUAACAAAUACAUUAUCAUCAACCACUGAGGUACCCUAUCAUUCUAAAAAACCGCCCACACACAGUGGACGGCAACUAGUAUCUAAAAUACAAAACGAACAAGUAGGACCACAGGAGUCCUAAAUAGGAGAGUAGAGAGGGAAAUAGGAGUCCCUACCUUUUAAUAAUCCUAAAGGAACACACAACAGGACAGGUGGGAAGAGGUAUAGCAAUAGAGAGCCCUCCAGAAUAGACACAGGGAACCAGUUACUAAAAAAACUGCCUGAUAGAUGUCUUAAUCCUAGGGUCCGAAUGGCACACCCUCUAAAUCUCCCAAAACAGGGACCCUAAUUGGAAAAAGGUAACUGGAAAAAAGGGAAGGAGCAAUAAAAGGGAGGUGCCCCAAAGAGUAAGUCUAGGCAGAAGCCCCUAUAGAAGUCUACUGUCCCUAGUUACCUCGUUCAUACUAUUUGCUUAUUGGUCAGUUACCUCUUGAAUCCGCCUCUUAUCAGCCGCGUCAUAUGACGUGGUACUGAAAUGAAUAAAGGGGCGUGAUAAUGAGAUUUAGACGAUGCCCACGUGGGGAAAGUAUCAAGUUAAUUCAUCCACAAGAUUUAUUGAGUUCAUUACGAUAUAGUUGAAAACCUUAUUAGGGUAUAGAGCUAAAAAGAAAUUAAAUAAUAAUAGUGACUUGUAGUUCAUAAGAGCCCAGUGUGCAUGCGCACAUACUGGCUGCCAAUCGCAAAUAGUAUGAACGGCUGCACACGUGGGUCACAACAGCUGUUUUCACCCUCUGUAGAUUGUAACAAGGGGUAUUUAAAUCGCUACAGGGAACUUCAAAAGCUCACUGCUCCUGACGGCGGCGUGCUGAAACGCGGAAACGCCCGUCGAGCUUCCUUUUAUUUCAUUUCUUUGUUUUGCACUUUUUUGGUAUCACUCAUGGAUUGAUUUGAUUUAAUUUAUUUUAUCAGUUAUUAUUAAUCUUUGACAGGCAGGGACUGAGGUUUUUGGUAGGCACUAGUGAUUCAUCACAGUGCUGAGGUAACUAGGGACAGUAGACUUCUAUAGGGGCUUCUGCCUAGACUUACCCUUUUAUUGCUCCUUCCCUUUUUUCCAGUUACCUUUUUCCAAUUAGGGUCCCUGUUUUGGGAGAUUUAGAGGGUGUGCCAUUCGGACCCUAGGAUUAAGACAUCUAUCAGGCAGUUUUUUUAGUAACUGGUUCCCUGUGUCUAUUCUGGAGGGCUAUACCUAUAUUGCUAUACCUCUUCCCACCUGUCCUGUUGUGUGUUCCUUUAGGAUUAUUAAAAGGUAGGGACUCCUAUUUCCCUAUCUACUCUCCUAUUUAGGACUCCUGUGGUCCUACUUGUUCGUUUUGAGUUUUCCUAUUUGAGGGUUAUUCCCUAAUUUGGGAGAGUAAUUUCAGGACUUUCUAGCACUAAUUCAUCGGUCGUGGUUACGACCCCUGAAUCAGAGCCAUCACUCUUUAUUUGUAGUAUCUAAAAUAGUACAAUAAACCAUCAACAUUCUAACUAAUAGUGGAUACCAUCCACCAUGUUACAAAUCAUACUCCAUAAAUGUCAGUACCCCCCAUGCAGAUAUACAGAAUAUGUAUUACAUAUGUACAUGUCAAAGAGGACUAAUAAAAUAAUAAAGAGAUAAAGAAUAAAUAAUCUUAGAUCCACCUUAUAAAUAGAAUGUGAUCAGUGAACCUAUACAUAAAAUCAUCUCCCACAAAUAUUACAAGACAAAACACAAAAGAAAACCAAAAAGUGAUGUGCAAAAAAGAUUUUGAAUUCCACAAACACCCAAUGUGUAAUAGACUGAUCGCUACAGGUGCCAAAUACGCAAUAGUAAUGCAAUACAUAGUGGUUCUCCAUACAGUACAUGUUAACUACUUAACUGUGUAGUGUAAAUCAGUAAUUAUUCAAUAUAUUUACAAAAAUAACUAUAUUGCCAUAAUUAUUUACACAAACAAAAUAAAAAAAUUAUUCAUAUUAUGCACAGGACAAUAUAAUACAAUGUGACCUGCAUAUUAAGAGGCUAUUCAUCAUCAAUUUUUAAAGACAUAGCAACAUAUUUAAAGAAUUCAUCUCAAAUAUAUAUCAUUUUGAGAAAAUAAAGAUAUAUCAAAGCUAUUGAAGAAUCCAUUAUAAACGUAUAUAGCAUUAGAAAAAUCAUUAUUACAUCACCUUCGUCAACCUAUACACUGACUAUACCCAUACCAACCGCAUAAACAUAGCAUAGGUAAACAACAUCGUACCACCCACAAAAAAACACUACUCAUGGCAAAAAGCUCUCGUAGUCAUGGGUACCAUCGUUCAAUAUUGUCAGUAUACGAAAUGUAUAAAUAAUCAUAAGUCAUAAUUCAUAUAGACAAAAUUUGCUGUAGUAUGAGAUACAAAACUAUAUAUGCACAUAAUGGGUCAUCAUAACAAAGACGUGAAUCAAUUCAACGUGUAUGAUGAUACAUUCUAAUUGAUUCAAAAUCUUCCGGCACACUAACGUCACCAGUACCAUGGUCCAAAUGGUCACUGUAGCUCCAAUCUAUAGAAGGAAAUAAAAACAAAAUAUAAAGAUACAGACAAAACACAGGCAGAGUAAAAUAUUGUCAUGAUUAUAGAAAUGGUGAUAGAUCCUUAUCCUCAUUCAGACCCUUAGGAUACAAAGUCUGCAGCUCGUAAAUCCAGUAUACCUCACGUUGUUUAAGCCUAACCACUUGUGAAAUGCCACCCCUACUGGAUUUAAUAACCUCCAAAAUCAUGUACCGCAGUUGGGAAACUGUAUGUCUUUUCUCAGCGAAGUGUCGGGCCACCGGAUAUUGCAUCUUAUUCGUCCGUAUGCCGCUCUGGUGUUCCCUGAUCCUUGUAGUGAGCGUACGCGUGGUUUCACCCACAUACGCUAAUCCACACGGGCAUUUGAGUAAGUACACCACAAACUGAGAGUGGCAAUUUCAAAAUUCCCGAAUUGGGUAUCUCCUACCCGUCUUCGAGUGCGUAAAAUUAUCUCCCGUGAUCACCCCAUUGCAGUUAAUACAAUGCCCACAGCGGUACAUACCCGGUAUCGCAGAAAGCCAGGUAUCAGCUGUAUCCUUCUUCCCCUGCAGAUUGACAUUCUUCAUUAGAUGGUCCCUUAGGCUCUUGUGCCGCUUAAGUGAAAACAAAGGUCUCUCAUUAAAACAAGGGAGAAGUUUAGGAUCAGAUUGUAAAAUGUUCCAGUGCUUGUUAAUGAUGUGUUUAACCUCACCAAAGUGAGUCGAGUACUUCAUCACGCAUGGGAUGCCUUUCUUGCCAUCCCUAACUCUUUUCUGCUAGAGGGUAUUCCUAGAAAGCAGUUUCGUCUUAUCCCUACAUCCAGAAACCACAUCCGUCUCAUAUCCUCUAGAAGAAAAUGCUUUCACCAGUUGUUCAGCCCUAGUGUCUCCACAUAUAACACUACCCUCACAUCUGCCUUGAACGCUGCAGCCCCGCUCAAAACAUGCACCUCGAGGAGAACACGACCCCAACCUUGGCAUAAUAAAUCAACACGCUAUCUGCAGAGUUGCUCCCGUUGUGCUGAACGCUCCUGGAGGAAGUCCCGCACCCAGGCAGACUUUCUCCAUUAUAGAUUCAUGUUGCUUUCAUACAGCGCAGCCCUCGCCCUCGCCAAACAGUCAUACUUUUCCUCUCUCAUUAGUUCAUGCUCCCGCAAUCCCAGACGCCUCUUUGACACCUUUAAUUCCCUUCUCCGCCCUGCUGUGGCCACCCCCCAAACUAACCUUACAGCUGAUAGCUUUGCAUGCUACUUUACCGACAAGAUUGAACAGCUAAGGAAACAAUUCUCCCCUCCUUGCCGUUCUCUUUCUCAACCACAUGUAAAUCUUGCUUUCCCUACCCUCCAGACUUUCUACCCAGCUACUGAACAAGAGGUGGCUGCGCUUCUCCAUUCCUCUCGCCCCACCACUUGCCCGCUCGAUCCUGUCCCAUCUCACCUCAUCAGAUCUCUCUCCCCUUGUCUUGUGCCUACCCUAACACACAUCUUUAACUGCUCUCUCUCUUCUGGCACUGUUCCUGCUGACCUUAAACAUGCCACUGUAAUACCUAUCCUGAAAAAACAUCUCUUGACCCAUCCUCCCCUUCUAACUAUCGUCCCAUAUCCCUGCUCCCUUUCUCAUCAAAGCUUUUGGAAAGGCUUGUCUUUACCCGUGUGUCCCGCUUCCUUAAUUCCAACUCUCUCCUUGACCCUCUUCAGUCUGGCUUCCGCCCUCUCCACUCUACUGAGACUGCUCUUAUCAAAGUGACUAAUGACCUAAUCUCCGCUAAAUCCAAAGGUCAUUACUCCAUAUUAAUUCUCCUUGACCUCUCUGCUGCCUUUGACACCGUUGAUCAUGCUCUCCUCCUUCAAACUCUUCAAUCGCUCGGUCUAUGUGACUCGGUCCUCUCUUGGUUUUCCUCCUAUCUCUCCCAACGCUCAUUCAGUUUCUCCUUUUCUAAGGAUACCUCCUCCACUCGUCCUGUCUCGGUUGGAGUUCCCCAAGGGUCUGUCCUUGGUCCCCUUCUAUUUUCUCUUUAUACCGCCUCUCUUGGUAAACUGAUUGCCUCUUUUGGAUUCCACUACCACCUGUACGCUGAUGACACUCAGAUAUACCUCUCCUCCCCGGACCUCUCCCCUGCUGUCCUGCAACGUGUCACUGCUUGCCUUUCUUCCAUCUCUGACUGGAUGUCUUCACGCUUUCUGAAACUUAACCUCUCUAAAACUGAACUCCUUGUCUUUCCUCCUCCUAAUACUGAUCCUCCUCUCUCGCUCUCCCUUCAAGUCAGUGAUAUCCACAUAAGUCCAUCCCUGCAAGCGCGCUGUCUUGGCGUCAUACUUGACUCUGGUCUCACCUUCGAGUCUCACAUCCAGUUUGUUGCCAAGUCCUGUAGGUUCCAACUCAAAAACAUAGCCCGCAUUCGCCCCUUUCUUACGCAAGAUGCUACCAAGGAGCUUGUCCAUGCUCUAGUAAUUUCCCGCAUGGAUUACUGUAACCCUCUCCUGAUUGGUCUUCCCAAAAGCCGUAUUGCCCCGCUACAGUCUGUAAUGAAUGCUGCAGCUAGACUGAUUUUCCUCUCUAGUUGGUCCUCUCACACCUCACCCCUCUGCCGGUCCUUACAUUGGCUCCCUGUAUGCUAUAGGAGUCAAUUCAAAGUGCUAACCCAUACAUUUAAAGCACUGAACAGUUCUAGCCCCGCUUAUAUCUCUUCACUGAUCCAUAAAUAUGCCCCUCCACGUACCCUCCGCUCUGCCCGUGACCACCUCCUGACCGCUGCUCGCACCCGUACGGCCAACUCGCGCUUGCAGGACCUCUCGCGGGCGGCUCCUCUCCUAUGGAAUAGCUUGCCUACUGCCAUCAGACUCUCCCCUAGUCUUCAAUCAUUUAAGAAGGGCCUUAAAACCCAUCUCUUCAGGAAAGCUUAUGGCCUCCCAGAGUAAUCUCUACCUUACAUACCUGUCUCCUGCUCUCUCCUAUGGGACAGUGCUUUGCUCUCUCCUCCAGCUCUGCUUCACUCCUACUUGAUAUUUAUUGUCCUAAUGUUUCAAAUACCCCACCUCCAAUAGUCUGUAAGCUCGUUUGAGCAGGGUCCUCUUCAACCUAUUGUUCCUGUAAGUUUUCUUGUAAUUGUCCUAUUUAUUGUUACACCCCCCCCUCUCAAAAUAUUGUAAAGCGCUACGGAAUCCGUUGGCGCUAUAUAAAUGGCAAUAAUAAUAAUAAUAAUAUUUAGCUUCAUCAGACACUAUUCUGCGUGCCCUGACAAACUGACCAUAUGGCAAAUUCUUAAUAAAUGAUACUGGAUGAAAGGAAUCUGCAUGCAGUUACGAAACCCGAUCUGUGGGCUUUUGGUACAGUUUAAAUGAUAGACGACCUCCUCUUACCUGUAGAUUAACAUCCAAGAAAUGCAUCUCAUGGAGGUCAUAUUCCAACGUAAAGGAGAUGGUGUCCAAACACCCAUCAAGUCUCUCUUUAAAAACCAUUAGAUCAUCCACAUUACCUGUCCAAAAAAAGAAAAUAUUGUCUAUAUACCUGAGCCACAACCUCACAUGGCGCAUAAAAUCCUGGUCUCGGUAUACAAAAGUAUCCUCAAAAGCUGCCAUGAAUAGAUUGGCACACGUCGGUGCUACAUUUGACCCAUUCGCUGUAUCCUGUAUUUGGAGGUAAUAUUUACCCUCAAAAAUAAAGUAGUUCUUAUACAGUACUAGUGACAACAAAUCAACAAGUAAGCCCCUGUACGCCUCGCUCAUAUCCAUAUCCUGCAUGGCACCAAAUACCACCUCAAUACCUUCCUCAUGCGGUAUGGAGGUAUUUAGGCUGUUAACAUCCAUGGUACACAUCAAGGAGCCAUCGGGUAUAUCCCCCAUCAUUUCAAGCGUGCGGAUAAAAUCCGUAGUAUCCUGCACAAAGGAGCGCAUCCCACUCACUAACGGUGGCAGAUGUAUAUCCACAAAUUUAGAUAAGGGCUGCAAUAUCGACCCACACCCAGAAACAAUGGGGCGCCCUGGUGGAUUCCACAGGUCCUUAUGGAUCUUAGGCAACAGAUAGAUGAAAGGGGUCUUAGGGUUAUCCACAUUGAGGAAAUUGAAAUCUCUCUUCUCAAUCAACCCAUCCUCUAAAGCCUUCCUAGUAAUCCCAUCUAUUAUAGCACAUAGCUCACCUGCUGGAUCACCAUCAAGGAUCCUGUAAUGGUGCAUGUUUGAUAAUUGUUGAUCCAUUUCCGCUACGUAUUUUUGAGUAUCCAUAACCACCAGGGCACCUCCUUUGUCGGCUGGUCUAAUCGAUAGAGAGUUGUCCUCUUUCAGCUCACGAAGUGUCAGCAUUUCACUUCUAUUUAAAUUUUAUUUAUGCUUCCUUUUCCAUUGAAUCUUAUCUAUGUCCAUCUGGCAGGAUCUGACGAAAAUCUCAAUACUGGCAUUAGUCAGAGAAGGCAGAAAUCUACUCUUAGGUCUGCACUUCGCUCGGUCAUAUUUAGUAGACUCUGCUUUCUCCCUCUGCUGAUCUUGGUCCAUCUGGUAAUCCUGUAAAUGAAAAAAUCCCUUUAAGCGAACCGUCCUGAAAAAACGCAACAUCACAAUAUCGGUAUAUAAUUUAUCCCCAGAAUAAGUAGGAACAAACCCAAACCCUCUUUCCAGUACACUUACUUGUGAUGACAAAUGCUGACACUUCGUUUUGCUCGAGAUAUUGAUUACUUUAUAAAGCUGGCACACCCUAAAUCUCUUAGUCUAACUUCUUUAUCUGUCCUUGUCCCCGUCACAUCCUCGUAGCAUGAUUCCUUUUUUCACCCAUACUGAAGCCGAAGUGAAAUACUAAAAUGUUUAUUUCAUUAACAUAUUCUUUUCCAAAUUUCUGUUCCUGUUUUCAGAGAGAAACGUUUCCAUGUUACAAAGAGAUUGUGCAUCUUUAUUCUGAUGCCACCGCAGCUGCCCAUGAAUUUGAAAUGCAGCCACAUGCUGGAGUACAAUAUGAUAAGCUCUCAUCAAGACAACCGUGGUGCCAGUGUUCAAAAUGCCCUCAAAGGAAAGAGUUUGAAAAUCAGCUUUGUUGUAGAUCAAAGAACGGAGACUGUAUAACCACAUCUGAUAUGUUUAUAGAACUGGUUCUGUCAAGAAAGAGACUGUUAUACACACUCCAAUAUAACAAUCCUCUGUUAAAACCAAAUUCUCUAAGCAAUAUUGAACUAUCUGAAUGUGCAAAGCGACAGUACAUCCAGUGGCGUUUUGGGUCAAACUUGGAUGUAUUGGACUUUGCCGUGAUACCAAGCUGUUGUAUAGCUGAGAUUAAAAGAGUACUCAAAGAGGGUUUUGCCAAAACUUCAACUUGAUAUUUAUACAUCUUCCUUACCCAAUGAGCUUGAGGCCACAUAUCAUCAUGUUUUUACUUUUUAGACAAAAAAAUCUAGGUUAUUUUUUUCGAGCACCUCAGGUAUAGAUAAACAAUACACAAACAUAAAAAUGCAUUCCUAAUCAUCCAGCAAAGAGAGAAUUAACAAAUAAAAUAUUUAACGAUGACAUUCCAGGCCAGAGACACCAAAAAAAGGUCAUAUAAAACAUAUAGCGCAUAUGAAGUGUUUACUAUUUUGAAACUUGAUAAAAGUGCAUGUAACAAUAUAUUUCCAUAUAAACUAGAGGAGGACAUAAUCUAAAUAACCCUAUCAGUAAUGAAGCAGAGAGCAGCACAACACAGAGAUACUUAAACAAAAAAUCAAUAAUGUAAUAAAAAAAGAUUGGUCCCCAAUUAUCAUCAUGUUGGGGCUCAACAAGUUACCCCUACCUUAUCCGAAGGUGAAGGCUAGUUACAGUUGAACCGAGUCAUGCCCAUACUCCCGGGCUCAUAUAUUUAACACACCUUACAGGUUCAGCCCAGUAUACCGUGGCCUACAAGAUGCUGAGUCGUCUGGGCCUGUUCUUCGACCCCACAAUUGAGGCCCAGGAGAUGCCUGGGCUCCUGUGCCCAUAAUAUGGCUAAAAUGUCUGUAUAUCUUUACACAUUAGUUUUAUGAAGUGAAACUUGUCAGUGAUUGGUUGGCUUCCAAGCCAAACAAUCAUAGUGCUCUUACUGAGAAUUUAAGGCAGGGAAGAUCUUUAUAAUAGCUUUACCUGCUUUGAACUAACAUAGAUUGAACUAACAUAGAUUUUUAAAUUUUUAUCUUCAUCUUUUUUCACAAAUCAGGUCUUCUUUAUAUUUAUUUUAAUAAGUUGGGACAAAUUAUAAUGGUUUUAUUAUAUCUAUUGGGAUAAAGGAAAAAUUUUAUUUUUUUUAGACAUAUUUUGGGCUACUGGCUUAGAGCUUAUGUACUUCCCACUGUGUGAGGUGAACUUUAUUGGCCCAAGUUGCUGAACAUCUUCUGUGCUCAUAAAGUUCUCCCUGGGUGAUUAGACUUUACCAAAUGCUUAGUCAUCCUCCCAGAAUUUGUCCCUACCUACCUUGUAAUUACCCUUAAUCCCUACCUACCUUGUAAUUACCCUUAAUCCUGCUGCACAUGAGGUGAAGGACGGGGUAGGGCCACUCGUUGAGUUCCUCUCUGGUAAUAUUUCUAUCCUGGAGACCCCAUCUUUUAUUUAUGUAUUUAAUAAUUAAAUUAUUAGAGUGAGAUGAUCAGUUCUCAGGGUGUGAACCAAUUGUCUCUCUUUAUAGAUUGUAUUGGGGACUGAGCAAUUGUUAGCUUGAUUUAUGUAUGUUUCCACCAAUCAGAGGCAGAUUUUAAAUUUUGAGAACUAAUGAUAGCUAAUAGCGAUACCUAAUAGUGAUACCUAAAAUUUAGUGACUAGCUAGCUAUUAAAAGCUUCCAUUAUACUCUGUGGGUGCCAUCACCAAUGAUGACAGCCAGUAAUUCCCAUUUGCUAGUUCUAAGAUUUUGUAUAAAAUUUUGUGCUAACAUCAAUUACAGCCAUUUUAGUAAGAGAAGAACAAGCACGUCAAGCAAGAAGUUUUCUGUUCAUAACAAAAAUCAUUGCAUUAUUUCAUCCUUUAAUGUAAUGUUUGUGUAACAUGAUAUUUUACUAAGUGUUUAAUAUAGGCAAACUGUUGUUUUACAUCUCAUUUCAUUUUUUUAUGCUUGUUUUAUUAAUUAAAAG